CAAGUACCCACAGUGCCACAUACUUCAGCGAUUCAGUUACCACCAAGGCGAGUCCGAGAGUGAAUAUCGAAAAGAACAACAAACACGAUACCAUCGUCGUACUUACCGAAAGACAUUUUCGGAAAUCGCUUGUAUACACUUAAAAGAUAGCGCGAGGAAGCCUGUGCGAGACAACCGCGAGUGUCAAUUCAUAUAAUUGUUAAAAUUUGUGUCACGUGCGUUUUUCACUCAGGUUUUCACCGUUUUCCGUUCGGCCGAUUUUUUUGUUUUGAUUUUUUUGCAAUUCGUUUAACGCGCGUGGAAUCACCGGGGCACAGGAGCCAGUGAAGGAUUUCGGUCCCGACCGUCGGCCAACCGUCCUGCCGGGGCGUGAGGAGACUUGUGCGUUAGCCAUGAACCGACAACAUCAACAACAACAACAACAACAACAACAGAUUACCACCACCACCACCUCAUCGUUGUCAAACACGGGGCAGAGGAGCGUGAAUCGUACCGAACAACAGGUCACGAGACAAUUCACGCAGACCACACAAAGACAAGUUCACGAAGGGUUUAUUGUACAGCAGUCUACUCCAAAAUUUGGAAAUGACGCUGCUCCGCCAGUAUUUGAACAGAUAUUCAAAAACGCCAGAUUCGCUCAGGGUGGAAAUGCCGUUUUUGAAGGAAAGGUUACCGGUAUUCCAAAACCUUUUGUCUCGUGGACCAGGAAAGGCGCUCCACUAUUGGAGUCAAACAAAUACAAGAUGACGUAUGAUCAACAAACAGGGAAUGUUGUUCUUACGAUCAAUCAAAUCGGGCCAGGAGAUGAAGGCGAAUACACAUGUUCGGCGCGCAAUCAAUACGGCGAAGCAAUUUGUUCUGUUUUCAUUCAACCAGAAGGUCAUACAGUUCAAAUACCUCAAGGCACGUAUGGUUCGCAGCGAGUACAACAGACACAGAAUACGCUGUAUACAAAUAAUUAUUCAAACAUCGAUGAAGAUUUCAAAGUCGAUACUUUCGAAUAUCGUUUACUUCGUGAAGUGUCCUUCAGGCAGUCCGUCACCAAGAGGUAUCUGGGUGAAGAGGACGUCAAGUUUACAAGCAGCGCACACCAAGGCCCGGUAGUAGCACCUCAAGUGCUCCAGAAACCGCGUAACUCGAAAUUAGUAGAAGGAUCGAACGCUACGUUUACUGUAAAAGUGUCAACAGCUAAGGAUACUAGGUUGACUUGGUUUAAGAACGGCCAGAGACUCGUAAACGGACCAAAACACCAGAUCAAUUUCACUAAUCAAGUCGCUACACUUUCCAUACCACAAGUUUGUUGUGAGGAUUCUGGACAUUACACUCUGCUUGUAGAAAACCCACAAGGCUGUGUAGUAUCUUCUGCAUAUCUUGCCAUAGAACCGACGUCGAUAGCAUAUGAUAGAACAGAAGACAAGGAAAAUGUAAUAACUAAGACUCACAAUAAGCUCGAGUCGAUAGAAGUGGUUGAGGGCAAAAUGUUAGCGCCAAACUUUGUGCGUGUAUGUGGAGAUCGUGACGUGACCGAAGGGAAAUUGACACGUUUCGAUGUUCGCGUAACGGGCAAACCGUAUCCCGAAGUCUCGUGGUAUAUAAAUGGUCAGCAAAUUAAGGACGACGCAACGCACAAGAUACUGGUUAACGAAUCUGGUGACCACGGUUUGAUGAUAACUAAUGUGUCCCAAGCUGACGCAGGUCAAGUGGUUUGUGUUGCAAGAAGUAAAUCUGGAGAAACUUCUUUCCAAUGUAAUUUGGGAGUUGUUGAAAAAGAACUUGUAGUUUCUCCAAAGUUUGUACAACGUUUUACACCUUUAAAUAUAAACGAAGGAGAAACAGUUACGUUGAGUGUCAGAGCUGUUGGAACCCCAGUACCAAGAAUAACAUGGCAAAAAGAUGGUGUAAACAUCAGCGAACAACCAGGAAUGGUAUCUGUAUGGACCGAAGGAGGUGGUUCAGUAUUAGAAAUAGCAAGAGCUUCUCCAACAGACGCAGGUUGGUAUCAAUGUACAGCUCAAAACACAGCUGGAUCUACAGCCACACGGGCUCGACUAAACAUCAUAAGGAAACCUCGCCCUGAAGAUUUCUCCGAAGACCGACGUCUCAGGUUGCCAAAACCAACACGAGUAAUCGAACCUGAGCCUGAGCCAGAACCAGAAGUUGUUUUUCUAAAACAUGUCGAGAGAGCAAAAUACCAUACUCCUCGACCAGAAGAAGACAAGAUUUAUCCACCGCCAAGGUUCAUUGUUCCGCUUGCAAACAUAUCUCAACAAGAAGAUGGUCGAAUUCAUUUUGAGGCUAGAAUUGAACCCAUUGGAGAUCCAACCAUGGUGGCUGAGUGGUUUGUAAAUGGUUAUCCAUUACAAGCAAGUUCUAGAGCUAUGACUUUACUAAAUUACGGUUUCAUAGCUUUGGAUUUGUUGAGCAUUGUAUCAGAUGAUGCUGGAGAAUACACAUGUAGAGUAACCAGUAGCUCGGGAACAGCUCAAUCUACUGCUGUUCUCAAAGUUGAAGGGAGAGAUGAAAUUGAUAAAUCAAGUCAAUAUCCAGACAGUUUAAAAUAUAUUGAACAAUUGGAAGAUUAUUCCAAAUAUCAAAGAAGUGAUAGUUACGAUGAAGUUCAGCCAUUACCACCCACUUUAGUUAAAUCAUUACAUGAUAUGGGUAAUUUACAAGAGGGUAGAAAUGCACAUUUCGAAGCUCAGCUUAAUCCAGUCAGUGAUCCAACAAUGAAAGUAGAGUGGUAUAAAGAUGGAAAACCUAUUACAGCAAGUUCAAGAAUAACAACAAUAUUUAAUUUUGGUUACGUAUCGUUGAAUAUUAUGCAUCUUCGUGCAGAAGACAGUGGAGAAUAUACUUUAAGAGCAAUAAACCGAUGGGGAGAAAUUAUCAGCACAUCGACAUUAAAUGUCAUUGCUCAUAGCAGUAUUACAGGCGAUUUAGGCUACCCAGAACAGCAAAGGUAUAUUGAUCAAACUGAGGCUUUAGAACAAUCUUACCUACAACAAAAAAAUCAGGAAUAUAAAAUAAGUGCACCAGAAAGUGUUGCACCACCACAAUUUAAAACACCAAUUAAAGAUCAACAAAACAUUAAAGAAGGUGGUUUCGCUCAUUUUGAAGCAAGAUUAGAACCAUUAGGAGACUCGACACUUCAAGUAGAAUGGUUAAAGGAUGGUAAACCAGUUGAAGCUAGUUCAAGAAUGACUGUAUUCUUCAACUUUGGAUAUGUUGCAUUAACAAUAAAAUAUGUAACUGUUUUUGAUAUUGGAACAUAUACUUGCAGAGCUUAUAAUAAUUUAGGAGAUGCUUCGACAUCUGCUACAUUAACUGUGCUAACUAGAAAAGAUGUUGUACAAGAUAGCCAACACCCUGGAGGUCUCGAACGAUUCCAAUAUUUGGAAGAUUCAAGAAAGAAUAAACGAAAGGCAGAAGAAGAAACAGUUGUUACACAAAAACCUAGAUUCCUUGGACCGUUAAAAGGAACAAAUAAAAUUGCUGAAGGGCAAAGAGCUCAUUUUGAAGUACGAGUAGAACCUCAAAAUGAUGUGACCAUGAAGAUUGAAUGGUAUUUCAAUGGAAGAGUAAUAAUGAGCGCUAAUAGAAUUCAAACAUAUCAUGAUUUUGGUUAUGUGGCUUUGGAUAUUCUUGGUGUAAGAGCAGAAGAUAGUGGUACAUAUGUAGUUGUUGCAAGGAAUGCAUUAGGAGAGGCCCAGCUGUCAUCAACAAUGCAAGUUGAAGUUCGUUCAAAUAUUGAUACAUCUACUAUGCAUCGUGGAGUAGUCGAAAAAGCUCCUUAUCUUGAAUCUAAAAAGUUCACUGAACCUCAGUAUGAUAUUGAGGAAAUUUCGAAGUCGAGACCUAUAUUUAUACAACCAUUAAGCGACCCUGCACCAUUGAAUGAGGGAAAAAAUGUUCAUUUGGAAUGCCGUCUUGAGCCUAUGGGUGAUCCUACGAUGAGAGUCGAAUGGUUCCAAAAUGGAAAACCUGUAACAGUUGGUUCGAGGUUCCGUACGUAUUAUGAUUUUGGAUAUGUGGCUUUGGAUAUCAUACAUGUCACGUCGAUCGACUCUGGUGAAUACACUGUGAGAGCUACAAACCAUUUAGGAUCAGCUCAUACAUCUGCAUGUGUCAAUGUAUUAUGCCGAUCAGAUAUUUUAACUGAAAGUCAAAAUGAGUAUGCGUUAGAGCAGAUACAAAUGUUAGAAGACGCUUCAAGAUACCAAAAAAUGACUACCGAAGAAGAAAGUAUUAUGCAAGCACCACAGUUCACAAAACCAUUACAUAAUAUACAGACAUCUGAAGGUACAAACAUACAUUUGGAAUGUAGAUUAAAACCGGUUGGAGAUCCAACUAUGAAAAUCGAUUGGCUGGUCAACGGACGUCCAGUAAAAACAGGACAUAGGUUCCGCCCUGCCUAUGAUUUUGAUUAUGUAGCAUUGGAUUUAUUAAGUGUAUAUCCUGAAGAUUCCGGAGUGUAUACUUGCCAAGCUAGAAAUGAAAUGGGUGAAGCUGUUACCUCCAGCUCAGUGAAAGUGAUUGCAAAACAGAAUUUAAUAUUAGAUUCACAACAUCCACAUGGUCUGGAAAAAAUACAAUAUCUAGAAGAUUCAGCUAGAUACAAAAAGGCUGAAAUGAUUGAAGAAUCUGUUAAAAUAAAACCUCGUUUUUUGUCCAAACCAAAGAAUGUGGAGAAUUUAAAAGAAGGACAGCAUGCUCAUUUUGAAUGUAAAUUAGAACCAGUCACUGAUUCUAACUUAGAAGUCCAGUGGUUUAAAAAUGGAAAACCAAUUAUUAUUGGCCAUCGCUUUAGACCUAUCCAUGAUUUCGGGUAUGUGGCCUUAGAUAUCAUAGAUGUCAUUGAAGAAGACACUGGAACUUAUACGUGUCGGGCUGUUAAUUUACUUGGCGUUGAUGAAACAAAUGUUCAUCUAACCUGCAGAAGUUCGUCAGGUAUUGUAACAGAUACUCAAAAUGAAAUGGGUCUUGAACAAAUUCAGUAUCUUGAAGAAAAAUCUAGGUACAACAGAAGAGAAGAUAUUGAAGAAACAACCACUCAAGCCCCAAUUUUCACUACUUCGUUGAAGCAUUGUGAUAUUAAGGAAGGCCAACGAGCUCAUUUUGAAUGUAGAUUAAUCCCAGUAUCUGAUAACACCAUGAAAGUUGAAUGGUUCCAUAAUAAUGUCCCAAUUAAAUUUGGAUCGCGAUUUACUGAAACUAAUAACUUUGGAUUUGUUGCAUUGGAUAUUCUUCAAUGUUUACCUGAAGAUUCUGGCACAUACACAUGCCGUGCAACUAAUUGGCUAGGACAAUCUAUUACAUCAGGAAAUCUCAACGUUCAAUCGAGAAAGUCGAUUUAUUUGGAAUCUCAACACGAAGAUGCAUUAGGACGUUUAGCUCAGCUUGAAAACUCAAACCGUUAUCAACGACAAUCAAUUAUAGAGGAUGCAGUAACACAAGCUCCAGUAUUUACUCAACCUAUGAGAGAUAGUACAAUGAUUGAAAGUCAGCCUGCUCAUUUUGAAGCAAGAUUAAUACCAGUGGGUGAUGACAAAUUAAAAGUAGAAUGGUUAAGAAAUGGAAUUCCUAUUCAAGCAUCUAAUCGUGUAUCAACAAUGCAUGAUUUUGGUUACGUCGCUCUUAAUCUUAAAUAUGUCUAUCCUGAGGAUUCUGGUACUUAUACAUGCAGAGCUAUAAAUGAUUUAGGACAAGCAGUCACCUCAGCCACACUGAAUGUGCAUUCUAAAGCUUCUCUUCAAUUGGAAAGUCAACACGAAGCAGCAUUAGAUAAAUUAAGACAGCUCGAAGAUUCUAAUAGGUACAAGCGUACAGAACAAAAAGAAGUAGAAGUUACUGAGGCACCUAAGUUUAUUGUGCCAUUAAAUGGAACUGAAAGUUUAAUUGAAGGUCAAAGUGCUCAUUAUGAAUGUCGUAUAGAGCCUUAUCCUGAUCAUACACUGCAAUUAGAAUGGUUACACAAUGGGAAACCAUUACAAACAGGACAUAGAUUUAGAACAACUUAUGAUUUUGGUUUUGCGUCAUUGGAUGUUUUAUCUGCUUUACCAGAAGAUUCGGGAGAAUAUACUUGCAGGGCAAUUAAUAAACUCGGUAGGGCCGAGUCAUCAGUUAAGCUAGGAGUUCAAUCUCGAGCAUCGAUUAUUAGUGAUACUCAACACCAAGGAGCUUUGAACAAAAUACAGUAUCUAGAAGAUGAUUCUAGAUUUAAAAGAGCAGCUGCUGAAGACGUUUUAAUGACAGAGAAACCCCAAUUUGGACGACCUCUUAAAAAUAUAGAACAUCUUCCAGAGGGACGUAGUGUACAUCUUGAAGCUACAUUAAUUCCAGUUAACGACCCAACUAUGAAGGUUGAGUGGUAUAGAAACGGAAUACCAAUUCCUCAAGGCCACAGAUUUAAGACAGUUUAUGAUUUUGGAUUUGUUGCUUUGGAUGUACUUUAUGCUUAUCCUGAAGAUUCAGGAACAUACAUGUGCAAAGCCAAAAAUGCUGCCGGAGAAGCAGUCACUACUUGCAUUGUAACUGUCGAUUCUAAAUCUGGUCUUCAGUUAGACACCUUGGAUGAGGAUAGAUUGAAAAAGAUUAAACAACUUGAAGCUUAUGAAAGACCUACAGCUCAAGAAGCUGUAUUUGAACUUCAAAAACCAGUAUUCCUCACACCUCUUAACAGCCUUGAAUUAUUGAAAGAAGGAGAACAUGCUCAUUUAGAAACUCGAAUUGAACCCAUUAAUGAUGCUGAUUUGAAAAUAGAAUGGUUUGUUAAUGGAGUUGCAAUCAAAACGGGUCAUCGUUUUAAGACUACACAUGAUUUUGGAUAUGUUGCAUUGGAUAUUUUGUAUGCAUAUGCUGAAGAUUCCGGUACUUACAUGUGUAAAGCCACUAAUAAAAAAGGAGAAGCAGUAAAUACUUGCCAAAUAAAUGUUGCCUCUCGUAGAAGUAUCUACUUAGAAACGCAGCAUCCUGAUGGUUUAGAAAAGAUUCGUGAACUUGAAGCGCAAGGACGCCCAGCAAAACUUGAAAUCAACGAGCCUCCGCCAACAGUACCAACAUUAACCGAUCUAUGGGGCACUACUGAGGUAGCUGAAGGAAAAACAGCCCACUUUGAGUGUCAAGUAAAACCUAUCCACGAUUCUAAAUUGAAAGUUGAAUUCUUCCAUAAUGACAAACCCCUCGGAUCUGCUUCUCGUUUCCAUACUACAUAUGACUUUGGUUACAUAUCUUUAGAUAUUGGCCAUGUUGUUCCUGAAGAUGCUGGAAAGUACACUGUUAAAGCUACCAAUGAAUUGGGUCAAGCUACUUCAAAUAUUAAUUUAUUAGUUCAAGGAGGUGGAAGUAUAAUUUUGGACUCUCAAAGACCUGAAGGAUUAGAAAAAAUAAAAGAGUUAGAGAUGGCUGUACCUUUCAAACGUGCAGAUUAUUCAGAACCUAUAUCAAAACAAAGACCAAUGUUUACACAACCUUUACAAAAUAUUGACAGCAUAAAUGAAGGACAAACAGCUCACUUUGAAUGUCGUCUUAUCCCAAUUGGUGAUUCUUCGAUGACUGUCGAAUGGUUUAGAAAUGAAAAACCAAUAGAAACAAGUUCAAGGAUUACAAAAACAUAUGACUUUGGUUAUAUAUCUUUAGAUAUUUCUCAUGUAAGAGAUGAAGAUAAUGGGGUAUAUAGUUGUAAAGCCACAAAUGCUCUUGGUGAGGCGGUUUCAACAGCCUCUAUGAGAGUUAGAACAAAAUCUGAUAUUCAGUUAGAGAGUCAACAUCCAGAAGGUCUUAAAAAAAUUGUUGAAUUAGAACGUAGUCAAGAGCCAUUGAAGAGAGAAGAGGCAGAGAGAUCAUUUGAGAAACCGAUUUUCACACAACUUCUUACAGGCCCUUCAGAGCUUAUUGAAGGUCAACAUGCUCAUUUUGAGUGUAGAGUUGUACCAGUAGGUGAUCCAACAUUACGUUUCGAAUGGUAUGUUAAUGGAGUCGAAUUAAAAAUGGGUUCAAGAUUCCAAGUAACAAAUGAUUUUGGCUUUGUUACAUUGGAUAUCAGCUCAACUGUUGCAGAAGAUUCUGGAGUUUAUACAUGCAAAGCAAUUAACAGGGCUGGAGAAGCUGUUUCUUCCACUUCAAUGAAAAUAAAACAUCGCUCAUCAAUUAUUCAUGAACCAAUUCAACCUGAUGCAUGGGAAAAAAUCCAGCUUAAAGAAGCAGAAAUGAAUAAAGUUCCUGAAAUGUUUAUUGAUACAAGACCACAACAAGCACCUGUUUUUACAUCACAUUUGCAAAAUCAAGACCGUCUAGCUGAAGGUCAGCAUGUUCAUUUAGAAGCUCAAGUAGAACCCAGAGCAGAUCCUAAUCUUCGAAUUGAAUGGUUCAAAAAUGGAGUCACAUUAACGACUGGUUCAAGAAUACGCAGCACUUUUGAUUUUGGUUUGGUCACACUAGCAAUAAAUAGUUUGAGACCAGAUGAUUCAGCUAUCUAUACGUGCAAAGCAUCAAACCUUUUGGGUGAAGCUGUUUCAACUUGUACAUUAAAAAUAUCCGAUAGCCAUUGGUUAUUAAGUAACACUUUACACCCUGAAUCACUAUCAAAAAUUGAAGAUUUGGAAAAACCACAUGCUGGACAAGUUGAAGGCCCAGAACCAGUUUUUGAAAGUCCUGUUUUCAUUUCUCAUCUUAAUAACUGGGAAUGUAAAGAAGGAAGUGAUGUUCAUUUUGAAUGUCAAGUAGAACCUUCUAAAGAUCCAACUUUGAAAAUUGAUUGGUUUGUAAAUGGAAAACCACUUCAAAGUGCAGCACGAUUCAAGUCUGCCUAUGAUUUUGGUUUUGUGACAUUAGACAUACAUCAUGCAUACUCGGAAGAUUCUGGGAUAUAUACUUGCAAAGCUAGUAAUAGCAAAGGUCAAGCUGUAACAACUGGAACAUUAAAAUGUACAGGUCUCCAAGGAAUUCAUUUAGACACACAACAUCCACAAGGCAAAACUGGAUUAGAAAAGGUACAAAAAGUAGAAGAUAAUUUAGCUUCUAAAUAUCAACGUCAAGCAUCUUUGCCUGAGGCUGCUUUCCCAAAACCAAUAUUUGUUGUACCCCUUGAAGCUGAAUUCAUAUUAGCCGAAAGUAAACCACUGCAUUUGGAGGCUCAAGUUGAACCCAAGAAUGACCCUAAUCUCAAAAUUGAAUGGUACUUUAAUGGAAAAGUACUUGAUUUAGGAUCACGCUUUAAGACAAACAAUGAUUUUGGUUUUAUAAGUUUGGAUUUAACUGAUGUGUAUGAACGAGAUCAAGGAGUCUAUACCUGCAAAGCAUAUAACCAUUCUGGAGAAACAUAUACUUCAACAACUGUGUAUUGCAGUAGCAACAAAGGAUUAAUUGAACAUACUCAACACCCAAAAGGAGAAGAAGGCUUGGAAAAAAUUCAAAGCUUAGAAGAAUCUCUACAAAGGCAAAAACAAGGAAUUACGGAUAAAGAGACUGGGCAUGCACCUGUUUUCACUUCACAAUUCAAAGACCUUGGUUUCUUAAGUGAAGGUGAAAUUGCUCAUUAUGAAGCUUCAUUAACACCUGUUGGUGAUCAGAAAAUGGUUGUUGAAUGGUUCUACAAUGGAAAUGCCAUCGAAGCUAGUCACCGUAUUCGUACAAUUUAUGCAUUUGGAAUGGUUGUUCUUGAAAUUCUUGGUACUAAAAUAGCUGAUACAGGAACAUACACUUGUAAAGCAACAAAUGAUUAUGGAUCUGCAGAGAUGAGUGUUACACUAGAAUGUGUAGAAAGAAUAACUGGUCAAAAACCAAAAUUCACAUCUCAAAUUCAGACUCUUGUUGGCUUAAAGGAUGGAGAUUCUGCACAUUUUGAAUGCACAUUAAUACCUGUCAAUGACCCAGAUUUAAAAGUAGAAUGGUUCCACAAUGGUCAACCGUUAUUACACAAAAAUCGCGUUAAAAUGAUUUCCGAUUUUGGAUUUGUUGUCAUGGAUAUAGCAUAUAUACAAAACCACGAUUCUGGAGAAUAUGUGUGUAAAGCAAGCAAUAAGUAUGGUGAAGAUAUAACUAAAGCCACUAUCCAAUACUCUGGAAAAGGUGGUGUGUAUUUAGAUUCAUUGCAACCUACUUCAUUAGCUAGAAUUCAUGAGUUAGAAAACGCAACAGGUCAACCAAGUGGAUUUGCAUCAUCUCCGGUAUUAGAAGCUCCUAAAUUCACAACUCAAUUGGUUGACAUAACAAAUUUGAAAGAAGGGCAAAGCGCUCACUUUGAAGCUCGAGUUACACCAGUGAACGAUCCAAAUCUUGUUGUUGAAUGGUAUUUCAACGGUGAAAAGCUACAGCAUGGUCAUAGGUUUAGAACAUUCCACGAUUUUGGUAUAGUAAUAUUGGAUAUACUGUAUUGCUAUGAAGAGAAUUCUGGAGUAUAUGAGUGUAGAGCAUUCAAUAAAGCAGGAACUGAUACUACUAAGGCAAAUCUUCGUUGUUCCUCCAAAACCAAUUUGAUCUUAGAUUCUCAACUGCCUCGUGGAAUGGAAGGAGGAUUAGAAAAAAUACAAACUCUUGAAGAUUUAACUCUCAGAGUUAAAGAUGAAAGAGUAUCUGUGGAAAAUCGCCAAGCUCCAAUGUUUACUGAACCAUUAUCCAAUAUUGAUAGUCUACGAGAAGGUGAAAGUGCACAUUUUGAAGGUCGCCUGACACCUGUUGAUGAUCCUAACUUAAAGGUGGAAUGGUUCUGGAAUGGAAAACCAUUAAAAGCUGGUUCUAGAUUUAGGACUUUCUGUGAGUUUGGUUUUGUUAUAUUGGAAAUAUCUCCAGUAUAUCCUGAAGAUUCUGGAGAAUAUUCAUGCCGAGCUUCUAACCAUUUUGGUGAAGCUGUCACUACAGCCAGCAUGAAAGUUCAAGGAAAGAGAAGUAUCAUAUUUGAAUCACAGCUUCCAAAAGGAAUGGACACUACUAUUGAUAGAAUUGCAGAGCUUGAAGGUCUUGGAAAAUCAAGGGCAACUAUUGAAACUGAAGAUGAUCUGGGAAGAGCACCAGAAUUUAUUACAACCCCAGCUGAUCUUAGUUUGUCAGAAAAUUCGUUGGCUCAUUUUGAAUGCAGGCUUGUACCAUCCAAUGAUGCAAGCAUGACAGUUACUUGGUUCCAUAAUGGCAAAGUAUUAUCGGCCGGAUCACGUAUAAAAACAAUCAAUGAUUUUGGAUUUGUUAUCCUUGAAGUAGCUGGUGUUUAUAUUAGAGAUUCUGGUCUAUAUACUUGCAAGGCUAUCAAUAAACAUGGAGAAGCAACAGUAUCAUGUAAGUUACAAGUAAAAGGCCGGCAAGGUAUAGUUUUAGAACCUCAAUUGCCUAAUACAUUCAGAUCUGGUACAAAAAGUAUUCAAAAACUCGAAGAGAAUAUGUAUAAAAAGGAAGAAAUAUUGGCUGAAGAUGAAAAACCAAAUCCUCCUAGGUUUACUGUAGAAUUGAAGGAUGCAUUGGAUGUUCAAGAAGCCAAAUCCGUACAUUUUGAAUGUAGAGUAGAACCUGUUAAUGAUUCUACAUUACGGAUCGAUUGGUUUUUCAAUGGAAAACCUUUCGCCACUGGCUCACGUGUACAUGUGAUAAAUGAUUUUGGAUUUAUAUCUUUGGAUAUGGACUAUGUUUACUCUCGAGAUUCUGGCGAAUAUAUAUGUCGUGCAACAAACAAAUGGGGAACUGCUUUCACUAAAGCAAAAUUAACUUGCACUGCCAAACAAAAUGUCAUAUUAGAAUCACAAUUACCAGAUGGAAUGAGUGGAGAAAAGUUAAAAGCGUUAGAGCAAGGGCCUGUACAAGAAAAAAAAAUUCAUGAUGAGAUAGAAGCAAUGCCACCAAAAUUCUUAGCUCAGAUUGAGUCAACAACUGUCGAAGAAGCAAGUUCGGUGCAUUUUGAAACUAGAGUCGAGCCUAAAAAUGAUCCAAAAUUAAGAGUAGAGUGGUACAGAAAUGGAAAACCAUUACCUUCUGGGCAUAGAUACAAAUCUAUAUUUGAUUUGGGUUUCGUCUCUUUGGAUAUACUUUCUAUGUACUCUGAAGACUCAGGAGAGUACAUUUGUAGAGCUGUAAAUGAUCACGGUGAAGCUAUUACCAAAGCUAUGGUCACAUGCAAACAGCUCCCAACAAUAUUACUUCAAAAUCAAGUACCAAAAGGUAUGAAAAAAUCAGAGGCUUUGACUCAAAUGGAAGCAGCUAUUAAAAAAUACACAUCUGAGAUUCAUUUAACCAUAGAUGAUUUGUAUGAAGUUGAGAAGAAACAACCACCAAGGUUUGUCACCCAAAUUAAAGAUCAGUUGUCGUUAGUUGAAAUGGAAUCAACCAAAUUUGAAUGUCAAUUAGCUCCAGUUGGUGAUCCUAAUAUGAAGGUUGAGUGGUUCUUAAAUGGCAAACCACUAAGACACAAGAAUAGAUUUAAUCCAAUUUAUGAUUUUGGUUACGUUGCAAUGAAUUUCGGUUGGAUAUAUCCUGAAGACAGUGGAGAAUAUGUUUGUAGGGCUACUAAUUUAUAUGGCCAAGAUGAAACCAGAGCCACUAUAAAAACGUCUGGUAAGCCAGGUAUCAUUUAUGAUUCACAGCUUCCUAAAGGGAUGAAGAGCAUUGAAAAAAUAAGAGAAAUGGAAGCAUCAUGGCAAGUAACACCUGAAAUGAAAGAAGAAGAAGAAAAACGUAGAGAACCGCCACAAUUUGUAAGCAAACCGGAACCUGUCACUAUAUGUGAAGGUGAUUGGGCUAGAUUCUGUUGUAGAGUCACUGGUUUUCCGAGACCAAGAGUUAUGUGGCUAGUCAAUGGAAAUACUGUGGUCAAUGGAAUGAGAUACAAAUUAAAUUACGAUGGAAUGUGGCAUCUUGACAUACCAAAGACAAGACAAUAUGACCAUGGUAAAGUUGAAGUUAUUGCUAGAAAUGCAUGUGGAGAGACUCGUGUGGAAACAAUGCUCACAGUAAAUUCAAGACAUGAUGAUUACAGAGGAGUUUUGAAAAACUCACCUAGACCAUGGUACGACAGUGAUUUGGUGCAGUAUCAAAAGGAUCUUAAAGAGAAUGAACUAGAAAAAGUGUUUACUGAUAGAGCAUCAAAUGUUCAAAAUGUUGAUUAUAGUAAUAUGAUUAUAUCAACGGUCGGUGUUCAAAUGAAACAAAAACAAUUAAAUGAGUCAAAACCCGAAUGGACUGAAGCUGUAAAACAAAAGAAGAAUGAAGAUUAUUAUAGUAAAUUGAGUAAAUUGGAAGGAGAUCAAGUGGUAAAAGAGGCAAGAAUCAGAGAAGCUAGUCAUCAAGUAUCAUUAGCAGGCGAGAAGUUGAAAACUACAUCCAAAAAUAUGUCUUCAAAUUACGAAGAAUCGUUAGAGAAAGAUAAAAAAGAAGAACUAAUGCCUUGGCAAAAAACAAAGUUACUUAAAUCACGGGGUGAUCAGAGUCAACAAAUAAUACCGGACCCGUCUGAGUCUUCGGUGCAUGGAAAAGAAAUUCACGUAGCAAAACAGCAACAGACACAAAAAGAAAUACAAGGCGACAAAGAAAUACGCAGAAAAAUUACUGCUACCGAAACCACUGAAGUAGAACACACACGCAAAAACCAAGAAAGGGUAGUCCAAGGAAAAGUUGAACCGUCCAAACCGCCAGUAUUUACAACCAAAAUUCAACCCUGUCGUGCAUUCGAACAGGACCAAGCGCGUUUUGAGGUCGAAUUCGAUGGCGAACCAUUACCAACGAUCAAAUGGUAUCGAGAAGACUUUUUAAUACAAAACUCACCAGAUUUCCAAAUACACACGUUUAGUACGAAGUCCAUACUAAUUAUUAGACAAGUAUUUAUGGAAGAUUCUGGCGUGUUUGCCGUCAUCGCGGAGAACAGAGGUGGCAAGGCAAAAUGCAGCGCCAAUCUACUUGUCGAAGAACGUAAACAAGUCGGCAGGAAAGGACCUGGUCCACCGAGUUUCCUCACUACAAUGCAAGGAGCAGUCGUGAAAGCCGGUCAACUAGUCAGGUUUGACGUUAAAAUCAGCGCUAAUAAACCACUGGAUGUAUAUUGGUUAAAGAACGGAAAGAAAAUCACCCAGGAUAUUCGUUACAAAACAGUAGACGAAGACAACCAAUACACGCUUUUGAUCAUCGAGUCAGUCACCGAAGACAGCGGAACCUACGAGUGUGUGGCCAUCAACAAUUCUGGCGAAGCGAGGUGUGAAGCUCCGUUGUUAGUCCAACCCUUGGAACAGAAGGAUAAACCCAAAUCAAAACCCAGUGGUAAAGAGCAGGCGCCAACAAUCACUCAACCGUUAUCCGGACAAGUGAUUCACGAGGGACAACCCGUGACGUUCAGCUGUAAGAUUUCUGGACAACCUCCAAUAACAGUAAAAUGGCAAAAAGGCGAUAAAGUGAUUAAACCUUCAAAAUAUUUCCGCAUGACGCAAGACGGGGAAACGGUAUCACUGCAUAUAUCCGAAGUCUUCCCGGAGGAUGAAGGCACGUACAAAUGUCUAGUAUCGAAUGCCGGUGGCCAGGCUGUCCUAUCAGCUAAUUUGAAAGUCAUUGUACCUGAAAAUCAAGAUGUAGCUCCAACUUUGAGCCCAAUGAGAGACGUUAUCGUUCCAGAAGGUAAUGCGGCUCAGUUCCGCACGCAAGUGUCGGGUCAACCGUCACCGUCUGUACAAUGGUUCAGAGAAGGAACACUUAUUCCUGAAACACCAGAUUUUAAGAUGAUGUACGAAGGUAACAUGGCCGUUCUGUUGAUAACAUCGACAUACGAAGAAGACUCUGGUGUGUUCACGUGCCGUGCCACAAAUAGCGCUGGACAAGUAGAGACCUCGGCCAAACUUACGGUGAAAAGACAACGCGGCGUUACUUAUAAGACUGGUACAUUUGACGAUAAAGGUGUAGUGGAUAGCGUACAACUAAAUCAAGUGUUAGGUAAAACAAAAGAAAUAGGUCCUCAAAUUUCUCUUAAAAAUAUUAAAAAUGAUAAAAAAGGGUUAGAAACAAGUAAUAAUUUAUUGCCAUGGAGAAAAGGAACUGUAAUUGACAGAAUAAGAAAAACCUCAGUAGAAGCAAAAAGCAUAAUUACAGAGAAUGUAAUUAUUGAACCUACAGAAAUUGGUGAUUUAAUCACAGUUACACAAGAAGGAACAUUCAUAUAUACAUACGUUACAGAACAGAUAUUUACCUUAAUUCAAAAUAAAAUCGAUACUAAAGAUGUAGAAAAAGCAAAACAAAUAAUUAAUCAAAUUUUGAUAAAAAAAAUGAAACAAGGUGAUAUUGUGAGUUUAAACGAAAAUGAUAAAAAAGAAAUAGUUGGUGAAGUAACUAACAAGUUAACACAGUUAUAUACAAAGAAAGUAGAUAACAAAUCGUUUGCAAAGGAUAUCCUUAACAAAGUCUUAACACGAAGUAUGGAGAAGGAACAACAAAUUCAACCAUAUAUAUCAGAACAACAAAAGAAAGAUGAAACUUUCGUAACAACAACAGAAGUGAUUUUCAAAAAUAAAAAUAAAUCUCAAAAGGACUCAAAAUUGACAGAAGAAAUUAUAGAACCAAGAAAACUCAAGAUAGAUAAACAUGAACCACAAUCCGAAGAUAAUAUUUUUCCUAAUCAAAAACAUCAAAGUAAAUUUUAUUUCGGAGAAGAGCCAACUGAGAAUUAUGAUAUAGUUCCAGAUGAAUACAAACCUAAAUUAAAAUUAGAAAGUAUUGAGAAUAAAGAAGCCAAAGGUCAACACAAUGAAAAACAAAAAUACAAUACGAGACCUUGGUUAAUAAAAUAUAAUAAAGAUACAACCAGCCAGGAAACAAAUUAUUCACCACGUGAAGAAACUUCAAAUAAUGAAAUGGACACUUCUAAAGAAGAUUUGGAAACAAAAGGUCAAAGAAAAAACAAUAUUCCCUGGACACAAGAAAAAGUAACAUUAAAAAAAACAACAAUAGAAAAACAGGUUUUAACCAAGGAGAAGAUAGAAGACGUGUUACUAAAACCAUUAAAAUUCAACAAAGAGGAUGCAAAAAUAAAAGAAUAUUCUCCACUGAUGAUUUCUACUAACGAUGAAGUAAAACCCACAAUUGAAGAAGUCAAUGAUACUCCAAGAGAUGACACCAAAACCAAACCUAAUAAAAUGCCCGCUAUACCAUGGAAAGAAGAAACAGUAACACUGAAGAAAACAAAAACACAAAAGCAACCAUUACCAAAAGAAUCAGUUGAAGAGGUAACUCUUAAACCGUUUAAGAAACCAGUUGUAGAAGAAACCGCGGUUACUGAAGAGUCUCCAGAGACCGACACAACUGAAAUAGUUGAAACAGUCGUCGAGAAAGUUGGUAAACGACGAGUCAGGAAAACUAAAACCGACGUGAAGGGUGAAGUUCAAGAAUCUGAUGAAAUCAUUGAAGAACAGAAACCUACAAUAGAGGAAGUCGAGGAUACACCAGUUGAACUGAUCUCAACUGAACAGGAAAGAAAACCAUCUGUACCAUGGCGCGAAGAAACGGUAACACUGAAGAAAACAAAAACACAAAAGCAACCAUUACCAAAAGAAUCAGUUGAAGAGGUAACUCUUAAACCGUUUAAGAAACCAGUUGUAGAAGAAACCGCGGUUACUGAAGAGACUCCAGAGACCGACACAACUGAAAUAGUUGAAACAGUCGUCGAGAAAGUUGGUAAACGACGAGUCAGGAAAACUAAAACCGUCGUAAAGGGCGAAGUUCAAGAAAACGAUGAAAUCAUUGAAGAAACGAAACCUACAAUUGAAGAAGUCGAGGAUACACCAGUUGAAGGGAUCCCAACUGAACAGGAAAGAAAACCAAGUGUACCAUGGCGCGAAGAAACGGUAACACUGAAGAAAACAAAAACACAAAAGCAACCAUUACCUAAAGAAUCAGUUGAAGAGGUAACUCUUAAACCGUUUAAGAAACCAGUUGUAGAAGAAACUGCGGUUACUGAAGAGUCUCCUGAGACCGACACAACUGAAAUAGUUGAAACAAUCGUAGAGAAGGGUGGUAAACGACGAGUCAGGAAAACUAAAACCGACGUGAAGGGUGAAGUUCAAGAAUCUGAUGAAAUCAUUGAAGAACAGAAACCUACAACUAAGGAAGUCGAGGAUACACCAGUUGAAGAGAUACCAACUGAAGAGUCUCCAGAGACCGACACAACUGAAAUAGUCGAAACAGUCGUCGAGAAAGUUGGUAAACGACGAGUCAGAAAAACUAAAACCGUCGUAAAGGGCGAAGUUCAAGAAAACGAUGAAAUCAUUGAAGAAACGAAACCUACAAUUGAAGAAGUCGAGGAUACACCAGUUGAAGGGAUCCCAACUGAACAGGAAAGAAAACCAAGUGUACCAUGGCGCGAAGAAACGGUAACACUGAAGAAAACAAAAACACAAAAGCAACCAUUACCUAAAGAAUCAGUUGAAGAGGUAACUCUUAAACCGUUUAAGAGACCAGUUGUAGAAGAAACUGCGGUUACUGAAGAGUCUCCUGAGACCGACACAACUGAAAUAGUUGAAACAAUCGUAGAGAAGGGUGGUAAACGACGAGUCAGGAAAACUAAAACCGUCGUAAAGGGCGAAGUUCAAGAAUCUGAUGAAAUCAUUGAAGAACAGAAACCUACAAUUGAGGAAGUCGAGGAUACACCAGUUGAAGAGAUCUCAACUGAACAGGAAAGAAAACCAUCUGUACCAUGGCGCGAAGAAACGGUAACACUGAAGAAAACAAAAACACAGAAGCAACCAUUAUCAAAAGAAUCAGUUGAAGAGGUAACUCUUAAACCGUUUAAGAAACCAGUUGUAGAAGAAACCGCGGUUACUGAAGAGUCUCCAGAGACCGACACAACUGAAAUAGUUGAAACAGUCGUCGAGAAAGUUGGUAAACGACGAGUCAGGAAAACUAAAACCGACGUGAAGGGUGAAGUUCAAGAAUCUGAUGAAAUCAUUGAAGAACAGAAACCUACAAUUGAGGAAGUCGAGGAGACACCAAAUGAAGAACGGAAACCUACAAUUAAGGAGUUAGACGUUACACCAGUUGAAGAGGUUUCAAUCGAACAGCAAAGAAAACCAUCUGUACCAUGGCGCGAAGAAACGGUUACACUGAAGAAAACAAAAACACAAAAACAACAAUUACCAAAAGAAUCAGUUGAAGAGGUAACUCUUAAACCGUUUAAGAAACCAGUUGUAGAAGACACUCCUGUUACUGAAGAGUCUCCUGAGACCGACACAACUGAAAUAGUUGAAACAAUCGUAGAGAAGGGUGGUAAACGACGAGUCAAGAAAACUAAAACCGUCGUAAAGGGCGAAGUUCAAGAAUCUGAUGAAAUCAUUGAAGAACAGAAACCUACAAUUGAGGAAGUCGAGGAUACACCAGUUGAAGAGAUCUCAACUGAACAGGAAAGAAAACCAUCUGUACCAUGGCGCGAAGAAACGGUAACACUGAAGAAAACAAAAACACAGAAGCAACCAUUACCAAAAGAAUCAGUUGAAGAGGUAACUCUUAAACCGUUUAAGAAACCAGUUGUAGAAGAAACCGCGGUUACUGAAGAGUCUCCAGAGACCGACACAACUGAAAUAGUUGAAACAGUCGUCGAGAAAGUUGGUAAACGACGAGUCAGGAAAACUAAAACCGACGUGAAGGGUGAAGUUCAAGAAUCUGAUGAAAUCAUUGAAGAACAGAAACCUACAAUUGAGGAAGUCGAGGAGACACCAAAUGAAGAACGGAAACCUACAAUUAAGGAGUUAGACGUUACACCAGUUGAAGAGGUUUCAAUCGAACAGCAAAGAAAACCAUCUGUACCAUGGCGCGAAGAAACGGUUACACUGAAGAAAACAAAAACACAAAAACAACAAUUACCAAAAGAAUCAGUUGAAGAGGUAACUCUUAAACCGUUUAAGAAACCAGUUGUAGAAGACACUCCUGUUACUGAAGUGUCUCCUGAGACCGACACAACUGAAAUAGUUGAAACAAUCGUAGAGAAGGGUGGUAAACGACGAGUCAAGAAAACUAAAACCGUCGUAAAGGGCGAAGUUCAAGAAUCUGAUGAAAUCAUUGAAGAACAGAAACCUACAAUUGAGGAAGUCAAGGAUACACCAGUUGAAGAGAUCUCAACUGAACAGGAAAGAAAACCAUCUGUACCAUGGCGCGAAGAAACGGUAACACUGAAGAAAACAAAAACACAGAAGCAACCAUUACCAAAAGAAUCAGUUGAAGAGGUAACUCUUAAACCGUUUAAGAAACCAGUUGUAGAAGAAACCGCGGUUACUGAAGAGACUCCAGAGACCGACGCAACUGAAAUAGUUGAAACAGUCGUCGAGAAAGUUGGUAAACGACGAGUCAGGAAAACUAAAACUGACGUAAAGGGCGAAGUUCAAGAAAACGAUGAAAUCAUUGAAGAAACGAAACCUACAAUUGAGGAAGUUGAGAAUACACCAGUUGAAGAGAUCCCAACUGAAGAGUCUCCAGAGUCCGACACAACUGAAAUAGUUGAAACAGUCGUAGAGAAAGGUGGUCAACGACGAGUCAGGAAAACUAAAACCGACGUAAAGGGCGAAGUCCAUGAAUCUGAUGAAAUCAUUGAAGAACAGAAACCUACAAUUGAGGAAGUCGAGCAUACACCAGUUGAAGAGAUCCCAACUGAACAGGAAAGAAAACCAUCUGUACCAUGGCGCGAAGAAACGGUAACACUGAAGAAAACAAAAACACAAAAGCAACCAUUACCAAAAGAAUCAGUUGAAGAGGUAACUCUUAAACCGUUUAAGAAACCAGUUGUAGAAGAAACUGCGGUUACUGAAGAGUCUCCAGAGACCGACACUACUGAAAUAGUCGAAACAGUCGUCGAGAAAGUUGGUAAACGACGAGUCAGGAAAACUAAAACCGACGUGAAGGGUGAAGUUCAAGAAUCUGAUGAAAUCAUUGAAGAACAGAAACCUACAACUAAGGAAGUCGAGGAUACACCAGUUGAAGAGAUCCCAACUGAAGAGUCUCCAGAGACCGACACAACUGAAAUAGUUGAAACAGUCGUAGAGAAAGGUGGUCAACGACGAGUCAGGAAAACUAAAACCGACGUAAAGGGCGAAGUCCAUGAAUCUGAUGAAAUCAUUGAAGAACAGAAACCUACAAUUGAAGAAGUCGAGGAUACACCAGUUGAAGAGAUCCCAACUGAACAGGAAAGAAAACCAUCUGUACCAUGGCGCGAAGAAACGGUAACACUGAAGAAAACAAAAACACAAAAGCAACCAUUACCAAAAGAAUCAGUUGAAGAGGUAACUCUUAAACCGUUUAAGAAACCAGUUGUAGAAGAAACUGCGGUUACUGAAGAGUCUCCAGAGACCGACACUACUGAAAUAGUCGAAACAGUCGUCGAGAAAGUUGGUAAACGACGAGUCAGGAAAACUAAAACCGACGUGAAGGGUGAAGUUCAAGAAUCUGAUGAAAUCAUUGAAGAACAGAAACCUACAACUAAGGAAGUCGAGGAUACACCAGUUGAAGAGAUCCCAACUGAAGAGUCUCCAGAGACCGACACAACUGAAAUAGUCGAAACAGUCGUCGAGAAAGUUGGUAAACGACGAGUCAGGAAAACUACAACCGUCCUAAAGGGCGAAGUUCAAGAAAACGAUGAAAUCAUUGAAGAAACGAAACCUGCAACUAAGGAAGUCGAGGAUACACCAGUUGAAGAGAUCCCAACUGAACAGGAAAGAAAACCAUCUGUACCAUGGCGCGAAGAAACGGUAACACUGAAGAAAACAAAAACACAAAAGCAACCAUUACCAAAAGAAUCAGUUGAAGAGGUAACUCUUAAACCGUUUAAGAAACCAGUUGUAGAAGAAACUGCGGUUACUGAAGAGUCUCCAGAGACCGACACUACUGAAAUAGUCGAAACAGUCGUCGAGAAAGUUGGUAAACGACGAGUCAGGAAAACUAAAACCGACGUGAAGGGUGAAGUUCAAGAAUCUGAUGAAAUCAUUGAAGAACAGAAACCUACAACUAAGGAAGUCGAGGAUACACCAGUUGAAGAGAUCCCAACUGAAGAGUCUCCAGAGACCGACACAACUGAAAUAGUCGAAACAGUCGUCGAGAAAGUUGGUAAACGACGAGUCAGGAAAACUACAACCGUCCUAAAGGGCGAAGUUCAAGAAAACGAUGAAAUCAUUGAAGAAACGAAACCUGCAACUAAGGAAGUCGAGGAUACACCAGUUGAAGGGAUCCCAACUGAACAGGAAAGAAAACCAAGUGUACCAUGGCGCGAAGAAACGGUAACACUGAAGAAAACAAAAACACAAAAGCAACCAUUACCUAAAGAAUCAGUUGAAGAGGUAACUCUUAAACCGUUUAAGAAACCAGUUGUAGAAGAAACUGCGGUUACUGAAGAGUCUCCAGAGACCGACACUACUGAAAUAGUCGAAACAGUCGUCGAGAAAGUUGGUAAACGACGAGUCAGGAAAACUAAAACCGACGUGAAGGGUGAAGUUCAAGAAUCUGAUGAAAUCAUUGAAGAACAGAAACCUACAACUAAGGAAGUCGAGGAUACACCAGUUGAAGAGAUCCCAACUGAAGAGUCUCCAGAGACCGACACAACUGAAAUAGUCGAAACAGUCGUCGAGAAAGUUGGUAAACGACGAGUCAGGAAAACUAAAACCAACGUAAAGGGCGAAGUUCAAGAAAACGAUGAAAUCAUUGAAGAACAGAAACCUACAACUAAGGAAGUCGAGGAUACACCAGUUGAAGAGAUCCCAACUGAAGAGUCUCCAGAGACCGACACAACUGAAAUAGUCGAAACAGUCGUCGAGAAAGUUGGUAAACGACGAGUCAGGAAAACUAAAACCGUCCUAAAGGGCGAAGUUCAAGAAAACGAUGAAAUCAUUGAAGAAACGAAACCUACAAUAGAGGAAGUCGAGGAUACACCGGUUGAAGUGAUCCCAACUGAACAGGAAAGAAAACCAUCUGUACCAUGGCGCGAAGAAACGGUAACACUGAAGAAAACAAAAACACAGAAGCAACCAUUACCAAAAGAAUCAGUUGAAGAGGUAACUCUUAAACCGUUUAAGAAACCAGUUGUAGAAGAAACCGCGGUUACUGAAGAGUCUCCUGAGACCGACACAACUGAAAUAGUUGAAACAAUCGUAGAGAAGGGUGGUAAACGACGAGUCAGGAAAACUAAAACUGUCGUAAAGGGCGAAGUUCAAGAAUCUGAUGAAAUCAUUGAAGAACAGAAACCUACAAUUGAGGAAGUCGAGGAUACACCAGUUGAAGAGAUCUCAACUGAACAGGAAAGAAAACCAUCUGUACCAUGGCGCGAAGAAACGGUAACACUGAAGAAAACAAAAACACAAAAGCAACCAUUACCAAAAGAAUCAGUUGAAGAGGUAACUCUUAAACCGUUUAAGAAACCAGUUGUAGAAGAAACCGCGGUUACUGAAGAGUCUCCCGAGACCGACACAACUGAAAUAGUUGAAACAGUCGUCGAGAAAGUUGGUAAACGACGAGUCAGGAAAACUAAAACCGACGUGAAGGGUGAAGUUCAAGAAUCUGAUGAAAUCAUUGAAGAAACGAAACCUACAAUUGAAGAAGUCGAGGAUACACCAGUUGAAGGGAUCCCAACUGAACAGGAAAGAAAACCAACUGUACCAUGGCGCGAAGAAACGGUAACACUGAAGAAAACAAAAACACAAAAACAACAAUUACCAAAAGAAUUAGUUGAAGAGGUAACUCUUAAACCGUUUAAGAAACCAGUUGUAGAAGAAACCGCGGUUACUGAAGAGUCUCCUGAGACCGACACAACUGAAAUAGUUGAAACAAUCGUAGAGAAGGGUGGUAAACGACGAGUCAGGAAAACUAAAACUGUCGUAAAGGGCGAAGUUCAAGAAUCUGAUGAAAUCAUUGAAGAACAGAAACCUACAAUUGAGGAAGUCGAGGAUACACCAGUUGAAGAGAUCUCAACUGAACAGGAAAGAAAACCAUCUGUACCAUGGCGCGAAGAAACGGUAACACUGAAGAAAACAAAAACACAGAAGCAACCAUUACCAAAAGAAUCAGUUGAAGAGGUAACUCUUAAACCGUUUAAGAAACCAGUUGUAGAAGAAACCGCGGUUACUGAAGAGUCUCCUGAGACCGACACAACUGAAAUAGUUGAAACAAUCGUAGAGAAGGGUGGUAAACGACGAGUCAGGAAAACUAAAACUGUCGUAAAGGGCGAAGUUCAAGAAUCUGAUGAAAUCAUUGAAGAACAGAAACCUACAAUUGAGGAAGUCGAGGAUACACCAGUUGAAGAGAUCUCAACUGAACAGGAAAGAAAACCAUCUGUACCAUGGCGCGAAGAAACGGUAACACUGAAGAAAACAAAAACACAGAAGCAACCAUUACCAAAAGAAUCAGUUGAAGAGGUAACUCUUAAACCGUUUAAGAAACCAGUUGUAGAAGAAACCGCGGUUACUGAAGAGUCUCCAGAGACCGACACAACUGAAAUAGUUGAAACAGUCGUCGAGAAAGUUGGUAAACGACGAGUCAGGAAAACUAAAACCGACGUCAAAGGUGAAGUUCAAGAAUCUGAUGAAAUCAUUGAAGAACAGAAACCUACAAUUGAGGAAGUCGAGGAGACACAAUAUGAAGAACGGAAACCUACAAUUAAGGAGGUAGACGUUACACCAGUUGAAGAGGUUUCAAUCGAACAGCAAAGAAAACCAUCUGUACCAUGGCGCGAAGAAACGGUUACACUGAAGAAAACAAAAACACAAAAACAACAAUUACCAAAAGAAUCAGUUGAAGAGGUAACUCUUAAACCGUUUAAGAAACCAGUUGUAGAAGACACUCCUGUUACUGAAGAGUCUCCUGAGACCGACACAACUGAAAUAGUUGAAACAGUCGUAGAGAAAGGUGGUCAACGACGAGUCAGGAAAACUAAAACCGACAUGAAGGGUGAAGUUCAAGAAUCUGAUGAAAUCAUUGAAGAACAGAAACCUACAACUAAGGAAGUCGAGGAUACACCAGUUGAAGAGAUCCCAACUGAAGAGUCUCCAGAGACCGACACAACUGAAAUAGUCGAAACAGUCGUCGAGAAAGUUGGUAAACGACGAGUCAGGAAAACUAAAACCGUCCUAAAGGGCGAAGUUCAAGAAAACGAUGAAAUCAUUGAAGAAACGAAACCUACAAUAGAGGAAGUCGAGGAUACACCGGUUGAAGUGAUCCCAACUGAACAGGAAAGAAAACCAUCUGUACCAUGGCGCGAAGAAACGGUAACACUGAAGAAAACAAAAACACAAAAGCAACCAUUACCAAAAGAAUCAGUUGAAGAGGUAACUCUUAAACCGUUUAAGAAACCAGUUGUAGAAGAAACUGCGGUUACUGAAGAGUCUCCAGAGACCGACACUACUGAAAUAGUCGAAACAGUCGUCGAGAAAGUUGGUAAACGACGAGUCAGGAAAACUAAAACCGUCCUAAAGGGCGAAGUUCAAGAAAACGAUGAAAUCAUUGAAGAAACGAAACCUACAAUAGAGGAAGUCGAGGAUACACCGGUUGAAGUGAUCCCAACUGAACAGGAAAGAAAACCAUCUGUACCAUGGCGCGAAGAAACGGUAACACUGAAGAAAACAAAAACACAAAAGCAACCAUUACCAAAAGAAUCAGUUGAAGAGGUAACUCUUAAACCGUUUAAGAAACCAGUUGUAGAAGACACCCCUGUUACUGAAGAGUCUCCAGAGACCGACGCUACUGAAAUAGUGGAAACAGUCGUUGACAAAGUUGGUAAACGACGAGUCAGGAAAACUAAAACCGACGUGAAGGGUGAAGUUCAAGAAUCUGAUGAAAUCAUUGAAGAACAGAAACCUACAACUAAGGAAGUCGAGGAUACACCAGUUGAAGAGAUCCCAACUGAAGAGUCUCCAGAGACCGACACAACUGAAAUAGUCGAAACAGUCGUCGAGAAAGUUGGUAAACGACGAUUCAGGAAAACUAAAACUGUCCUAAAGGGCGAAGUUCAAGAAAACGAUGAAAUCAUUGAAGAAACGAAACCUACAAUAGAGGAAGUCGAGGAUACACCGGUUGAAGUGAUCCCAACUGAACAGGAAAGAAAACCAUCUGUACCAUGGCGCGAAGAAACGGUAACACUGAAGAAAACAAAAACACAAAAGCAACCAUUACCAAAAGAAUCAGUUGAAGAGGUAACUCUUAAACCGUUUAAUAAACCAGUUGUAGAAGAAACUGCGGUUACUGAAGAGUCACCAGAGACCGACACUACUGAAAUAGUCGAAACAGUCGUCGAGAAAGUUGGUAAACGACGAGUCAGGAAAACUAAAACCGACGUGAAGGGUGAAGUUCAAGAAUCUGAUGAAAUCAUUGAAGAACAGAAACCUACAACUAAGGAAGUCGAGGAUACACCAGUUGAAGAGAUCCCAACUGAAGAGUCUCCAGAGACCGACACAACUGAAAUAGUCGAAACAGUCGUCGAGAAAGUUGGUAAACGACGAGUCAGGAAAACUAAAACCGUCCUAAAGGGCGAAGUUCAAGAAAACGAUGAAAUCAUUGAAGAAACGAAACCUACAAUAGAGGAAGUCGAGGAUACACCGGUUGAAGUGAUCCCAACUGAACAGGAAAGAAAACCAUCUGUACCAUGGCGCGAAGAAACGGUAACACUGAAGAAAACAAAAACACAAAAGCAACCAUUACCAAAAGAAUCAGUUGAAGAGGUAACUCUUAAACCGUUUAAGAAACCAGUUGUAGAAGAAACUGCGGUUACUGAAGAGUCUCCAGAGACCGACACUACUGAAAUAGUCGAAACAGUCGUCGAGAAAGUUGGUAAACGACGAGUCAGGAAAACUAAAACCGACGUGAAGGGUGAAGUUCAAGAAUCUGAUGAAAUCAUUGAAGAACAGAAACCUACAAUUGAGGAAGUCGAGGAUACACCAGUUGAAGAGAUCCCAACUGAACAGGAAAGAAAACCAUCUGUACCAUGGCGCGAAGAAACGGUAACACUGAAGAAAACAAAAACACAAAAGCAACCAUUACCAAAAGAAUCAGUUGAAGAGGUAACUCUUAAACCGUUUAAUAAACCAGUUGUAGAAGAAACUGCGGUUACUGAAGAGUCACCAGAGACCGACACUACUGAAAUAGUCGAAACAGUCGUCGAGAAAGUUGGUAAACGACGAGUCAGGAAAACUAAAACCGACGUGAAGGGUGAAGUUCAAGAAUCUGAUGAAAUCAUUGAAGAACAGAAACCUACAACUAAGGAAGUCGAGGAUACACCAGUUGAAGAGAUCCCAACUGAAGAGUCUCCAGAGACCGACACAACUGAAAUAGUCGAAACAGUCGUCGAGAAAGUUGGUAAACGACGAGUCAGGAAAACUAAAACCGUCCUAAAGGGCGAAGUUCAAGAAAACGAUGAAAUCAUUGAAGAAACGAAACCUACAAUAGAGGAAGUCGAGGAUACACCGGUUGAAGUGAUCCCAACUGAACAGGAAAGAAAACCAUCUGUACCAUGGCGCGAAGAAACGGUAACACUGAAGAAAACAAAAACACAAAAGCAACCAUUACCAAAAGAAUCAGUUGAAGAGGUAACUCUUAAACCGUUUAAGAAACCAGUUGUAGAAGAAACUGCGGUUACUGAAGAGUCUCCAGAGACCGACACUACUGAAAUAGUCGAAACAGUCGUCGAGAAAGUUGGUAAACGACGAGUCAGGAAAACUAAAACCGACGUGAAGGGUGAAGUUCAAGAAUCUGAUGAAAUCAUUGAAGAACAGAAACCUACAAUUGAGGAAGUCGAGGAUACACCAGUUGAAGAGAUCCCAACUGAACAGGAAAGAAAACCAUCUGUACCAUGGCGCGAAGAAACGGUAACACUGAAGAAAACAAAAACACAAAAGCAACCAUUACCAAAAGAAUCAGUUGAAGAGGUAACUCUUAAACCAUUAAAAAAGCCUGUGGCAGAGGAUAUUCCAGUUAUUCAAGAAGUGGCAGAUAUUCAGAAAAUAGGUAGUGGGAUUAAUGUUGUUAAUAAUGUUGUGGAGGUAGAUACUGUGUUUAAGGAAGCUGAUGUUCCUGCUGUUGACGAUCAACCUAUUAUUAAAAUCCGGUUUUUAAAGCAUGAUGAUUUGUUAAAGGAAGAUGUUGCUAAAAAGCCUAAUGCAAUUGUUUGUGCUCAAAAAGUCAUAUCAGUUCCUAAAGAAAAAAACAAGAAGAAUAAAAAACAUGUUCAAUUGAAUGAGGAUAUGAAUCAAGAAAAAGAAUUUUCUCCUGACGAUGAAGUUAGUGCCCUGAACGAUGAGGAGGUUGAAGUACCUUCUCCGAAAAUACUAGACUCAAAGGAUCUCAAAGGAAUUAUGAAACCGAGGGAUGAGAUUGUGUCUGUUCCUGAUGUUGUUCUUAAAGAUGAAGAGGAAUCUAUAGAUACUUUAGCAAAGCCUAAAAAUUUAACUGAACAGAAAGUUCCAAUCAAACUUCUGGGUGAAAAGUUGGAACUUCCAUGGAGAAAAGGACGUAAAGAUAUCGAUAAUGACGUUACUGAUAUUGAUAUUAUUGAUAACACUGAAAGUCAUGUUCCUAAAAAAGAAUUGAUGAAUGUUGUUGAGUUAAUUUCACAACAGCCAAAAUCAUUGGAAGUUAAUAAACCGUUAUUUGGUACAGUUCAACUUAAAAAGUCUUCAACCAAAAAAAUUAACGAAAUUGAACCAUUGGCUGUUCCUAAAGUUCUACUAAAAUCUCAUAUUUAUAGAAUCGAUUUAAAUACUAAUGAGCAUUUCCCUUCUACUUCAUUAUUAGAACCUAUUUAUGUAGACAACGGAGUUCUGUCCAGAAAUUACGCCGAGGCUAUGAAAAUAAAGAAAACCAAACCUAAGGUAUUAUCACUUCCCGAUCUAGAACCUGUUGUUCUUGAGAAGUUUGAACCAACCGAUUUUCAUUAUGAUAAAAAGGAAACACCUGAGAGAAAACCUUCUUUAACAAAACAAUCAGUUGAUAAAAAAAUUCCAGACGAAGAAACCCCGAAAAAGUUAAUAAUUGGAAAAGGAAAAAUACCUAUUCAGGAUGACGAUCAAGAAAAAGUUAUAUUAAAAAAAGUUCCCCAAAAACCAGUGGAAGAAAAACUGGAAAUGCCAAAGCCAAUUAAAAAACCACAUUUUAAACCUGAACCAGAUUCAAAACCAUCCGAAGACAUAGAUUUUACACUAGAACCAUUUAAACCUAUAACUGUGGGCACAAGUCCUGAAGUGUCUGAGCCAAUACCGUUUGGUAAUGAAAGUUUCCCUGACGUAGAAUUACCAGUUAAAAAACCUAAAUAUAUCCGAAAAAAAAUAAAGAAAGAAGAAGAGCCUAUUCCUGAUAACAAAAUAUUACCUGGAACACCGAGGCCUGUACCAUUGGAUGAAGAAAAAGAUAUUAAUCUCAAGUAUAAACAGGGGAAACCAGAACCAGAAUUACCUGACGAAAUAAAAUUAAAACCAUUUUUAUUAGAAAAACCAAUUGACGUUAAAGAACCGGAUGACCUCAAUUUAGGUAAACCUGAUGUAUUUGAUUAUCCUAGAGAAGAAGAACAACUGAAACCUCGAGAUUAUAAGUUUAAACCAGAGAAAAAAAAGAAAAGGCCUUCGAAAACUGUUGAUAUUGAUAAACCAAUUGAUGACAAUAAUGACAGUGAAAUCGAGCCAUUGCCAAUUUCUAAAGAAAGUCCUGUACUUGAAGAAAUGGUUACCAUUGAUGUAAAGCCAACUAAAGUUGUAGCUGUUGCGUUAGACAAUAAACCAUUGUUAGCAACUAUCAAACUCAAGAAAGCUCCUACUAAGUCGAAGGUCGAUGUUGACCAUGUACAAAUCCCCAAAGUACUAUUGAAGUCUCAUAUAAAUAAUAUUGAAUUUAAUACACAUGAACAUUUUCCUACUACUUCAUUAUUAGAACCUAUUUAUGUAGACAACGGAGUUCUGUCUAGAAAUUACGCUGAGGCUAUGAAAAUAAAGAAAACUAAACCUAAGAAAUUAAUACUUCCUGAACUAGAACCUGUAGUUCUAGAGAAGUUUGAACCAACUGAUUUUCAUUAUGACAAAAAGGAAGCACCUGAGAGAAAACCAUCUUUGACAAAACAGUCAGUUGAUAAAAAAAUUCCAGACGAAGAAACCCCGAAAAAGUUAAUAAUUGGAAAAGGAAAAAUACCUAUUCAGAAUGAUGAUCAAGAAAAAGUUGUAUUAAAAAAAGUUCCCCAAAAACCAGUGGAAGAAAAACUGGAAAUGCCAAAGCCAAUUAAAAAACCACAUUUUAAACCUGAACCAGAUUCAAAACCAUCCGAAGACAUAGAUUUUACACUAGAACCAUUCAAACCUAUAACAGUGGGCAUAAGUCCUGAAGUAUCUGAGCCAAUUCCGUUUGGUAAUGAAAGUUUCCCUGACGUAGAAUCACCAGUUAAAAAACCUAAAUAUAUCAGAAAAAAAAUAAAGAAAGAAGAAGAACCUAUUCCUGAUAACAAAAUAUUACCUGGAACACCGAGGCCUGUACCAAUGGAUGAAGAAAAAGAUAUUAAUCUCAAGUAUAAACAAGGGAUACCGGAACCAGAAAUACCUGAAGAAAUUAAAUUGAAACCUAUUCCCAUAAAAAAACCUUUAGACAAUAAGGAGACUGAUGAUGAUGAAUUAGGAAAGCCUAAGCCUUUUCCUAGUGAUUUUCCUAAAAUUGACAUACAUUCUAAGUCCAAAAAAUCACCUUCACCGAAAUCCAUAAGCGUUGAUAGCCCUUUGCAGGAUUUAGAAAUAGUGAGUAUAAAAAGAAGUGAAGAGAAACCUGAAAAUAAAUCAAUUGAGAGUGAAAUUGUAGCACCCUAUUUUAUUGAAAAAGUGCAACCAUUAGUAGCGGAACACGAAAAGCCUACUGCUUUUACGUGCUCUGUGGGGGGAAUCCCUACACCUGAAGUUAAAUGGUACCGAGACGAUCGUGAACUACAAACAACUGAUGUUUAUGAAAUAAUUGUAUACGAGAAUACAUCUACUUUGAGGAUUUCUAAACCUACAGAGGAACAGGCGGGCGUUUAUGUUUGCCAAGCUACAAACUCAGCUGGAAUUUCAACUUGUACUGCACUUCUGGUGGUGUUAGAUUCUGAAGAAAUUGGCGAAGCUCCAACUUUUGUGGAACCGAUUAAACCUAGGAAAGUCAAGGGGAAAAAGUCCAUAGAAUUGAGAUGUAUUGUGAAAGGAAUUCCUAUACCUGAAAUUAUUUGGUGUCGUGAAAAUGAAGAAAUAAUUUCGGACGAUGACGAAUAUAGAACUUCAUUUGAUUCUAAAACUGGUGAAGCUAUAUUAACAUUAGUAAAUCCUAUUGAAGUAGACCGAUCUACGUAUCUAGCUAGAGCGGUGAAUAUUCACGGGAAAUCUGAAUGCAUGGCACAUAUUACAUUUGAAAAAGAAGAAUAUGGAGAAGCGCCCAAGUUUGUGGAACGGUUGAAACCGAAAGUUGUGAAAGCUAAUGAAACAACUGAACUCACAUGCUUAGUCAAAGGUGUUCCAUCGCCAUCAGUUGUAUGGUGCCGUGAUGAUGAAGAAAUCAUACCAGAUGAAAGUCAUAUGCUAAUUUACAUUCCUGAAACAGGAGUGUCCAAACUUAUUAUAGUGCACCCUGAUGAUAUUGAUGAGUCAACGUAUACAGUGAACGCAAUUAAUAAAUUUGGAAGAGCUGAGUGUAGAGCAAAUUUAAUAGUUCAAAAAGAUGAACUUGGAGAGGCACCGACAUUUGUACAACCAGUAAAACCGAAAAUUGCCAAAGCAAAUGAAAUAACUGAACUUAAAUGUUUCGUAAAAGGAACACCGAAACCGUUAGUAAUUUGGUGCCGUGGCAACGAUGAAAUAAUUCCCGAUGAAUGUCACUUGGUCACAUACCACCAGGAAACCGGAGAAUCGAUCUUAACGAUUUUGAACCCGACAGAAAUCGAUGAAACUAUUUAUACCGUGAAUGCCGUGAAUAAAUACGGCCAAGCACAAUGCCGGGCAAAUCUAAUUAUACAAAAAGAUGAAUCGGGUGAAGCACCAAUAUUCGUAGAACCGAUAAAACCAAAAAUCGCUAAAGCUAACCAGGCCACCGAGUUAAAUUGUUUGGUUAGAGGAAUACCUACACCUACUGUCGUUUGGUUUAGAGGCGAUGUAGAAAUAAUUCCAGACACCACUCAUUCAAUAACGUUUAUACCAGAUACGGGUGAAUCGAAACUGGUUAUUUCAAAAGCCACAGAAGUUGAUCAGAACACAUACACUGUAAAGGCAACCAAUAAAUAUGGCAGAGCUCAAUGCCGGGCAAAUGUAAUUUUACAAGAAGAUGUUUUUGGUGUAGCCCCGAGCUUUGUUGAGCCUAUAAAGCCUGUACUAGCAAAACCAGACCAAACAACUGUUUUACGGUGUUUGGUGACUGGUAAUCCGAUGCCAACUGUUGUUUGGUGUCGUGGAAAGGACGAAAUUGUUUCGGAUGAAAUGCACACAAUCCAGUUUAUUUCAGAAACUGGAGAAUCCACAUUAACAAUUGAAAAACCAACAACAGUCGAUGAAGCGCGUUAUUCGGUAGAAGCAAUAAACAAAUUUGGAAGAGCUAUUUGCAGAGCUAAUUUGGUUUUAGAAAAAUAUGACACUGGAAUUGCUCCAGAAUUUGUCAUCCCGAUCAAACCCAAAGCCGUCAAGCCAACCGAAACUGUAGAACUACGUUGCGUGGUUACUGGGACACCAAUGCCAACCAUCGUAUGGUGUCGUGGUGACGAACAAAUUGUGCCAGACGACAGUCAUGUCGUAUCUUAUACACCGGAGACUGGCGAGUCCAAACUCACGAUCUGUAAUGCCACAGGAUUGGACGUAAACGAUUACACCGUGAAAGCAGUCAACGAUUUCGGAGUGGCACAGUGCAGAGCCAAUCUGAUUAUAGACGACGUCGUUCAAGAAAUACCUAUACCGUUAGAGGAGGCGCCAUCUAUAACUAAACCUUUGGAACCAGUAAUAGCCAAAAAAGAUUCGUGCGUGACGUUAGACGUGCAUUUCAGAGGAACUCCCGAGUUAAAAGUACGUUGGUUCCACAACGGCAAAGAUAUAACCGAUAAGAAAACGUUCAUGCGCACUUUAACUAUAACGGAGACCACGACUGUGAUAAUUAUUAAGAAGAUCACCAAGAAAACUACUGGACGUUAUGAAGUUGUGGUCACUAAUAAUCGCGGAGAAGCGAAAACGUCCACUACAGUAUUGAUUGAAGACGAAGAUGAUGUAGAGGAGAGUAUAGUACCAGAAGAGGCGGUUGUCGGGAAAGCGCCGUAUUUCGAAACGGAAUUGCAAACCGAAACAAUAUGGGAGGAGGAGGAGGAAGAAGAAGAAACCAUAAUACGCCUCGUCGUAAGAGUAAAGGGCACUCCGAAGCCCAAGAUCCAUUGGUACGAAAACGGAAUGGAAAUAACGCCCAGUGAAGAAUUUGAAAUUGAAGAACAGGACGAAGGAGUAUCUGUGUUGAUGGUCAAGAAAAGGCCAACGGAGAGCGUUAGGGAAAUUACGUGUGAGGCCACGAACGAGUACGGGACGGCCACAACUAGGACUUUAAUAAUCCCAGGUAUUAAAGGGACGAAAGCCUACAGAAAGCCGUCGUGGGUGACCCAGAUGGAAGAGUUGCGGGAACAAUUACAAGCUUUCCAGAGUCUACCAAGCUUUGUAAACGAAUUAAAAGACGAGCGAGCCGUUGAAAACGAAACGAUUGUGUUCGAAUGUCAAUUUUCAGGAAAUCCUACUCCCGUGAUUAUAUGGUAUCACGAUGAUAAAAUUGUCAGAAACUCACCUAAUGUUCAAGUUAAAAUCACUGACACAAAAACUACAUUAACUAUUAAGAGAGUAACAAAGGAAGAUGAAGGUGUCUAUAUUUGCAAAGCGAACAGCAAUUUAGGAGAAGCUAAAAAUAAAUCAAAACUUUAUGUUAAAAAACACGGGGACGAAACAUUCACAGCUACCGAAGAUGAAUUAGAAGAAAAAGAAGUGGAAGAAGUAAAGAAGACGAAAAAGACUAAAAAGAAGGCUACAAAAAAGAAACAUAAAAAAGAAUCUGAAUUAUUUGAUGAAACGGAAACAAAAGAAUCACUUCGUAUUACUACUUCAAAAAUGGUGGAGGAAAAACCAUCUUUACCGGAACACGAACCGUUGUCUACGUCAGAAACGGUUUCGGAUGAGACUGUCAAGGAAGUUCGCGGACCCGAACAUGUUCGCCCAAAAACGUCCGAAGAACCAGCGCUGUUUACAGCACUCAAGGUCCGGAAGCCCGCGGUAGUCCAUGAAGUUGACCAAGUGUUGGAUCAAGUUGAACUGGCUGAGUUUGGACCGGCUGAAUGGCCAUUACGGGAAUUGGCCACCAUCGAUAUACUCACCCGACACGGCAUAUCAACGGAACAGGUGUUCGAAGAAUACACGUCGGGUCAGUUCCCUGCAUUGAGGACCGCGCCCGCUCAGUCAGCAAUGGUGCAUCUCAUCGAACGUGAAGGAUACACAUCUUUGGUGGCUGACGUAUUCACUAAAGAAUCGACCAUACCUGAAACCGUCAACGAAGUGUUUAAGGCAUUUAUGACAAUGAUUGAGUUGAAACAUAGCACACUGGAAGAGAUCAUUACUUACUUGACGCCAGAAGACUUCCAAACCAGCACCUGGGAUUUCGAGCACGCAUCUCAAAUGACUACAGACGAUACGAUCACCGAUACAGCUGAUAUCAGCGAGUCUGUAAACAUAUUAGUGAAUGAAGUUAAAAAGAAAACGCGAUCUACAAAGAAAUUAGUAAAAACGAGCGAAGAGACUUUGUCAAUCGACAAUGAACAAGUACAGAACAUACUGGAUGAUAGAAGUGUUAAAAUUACUGAAAUCAUGGAUAAUAGUAAUGUGACAAUUGAAGUACCAGAAGAUAGACUAAUCAAAACGGAAAAAAUAAUACAACAAAAAAAGAAGAUGGAUGAUAUAACUGUCAGCGAAGAUGAGGAAAAAGAAGAAAUUAUCACAGCUAAAACAAAAACAGUAAAAAGAAUUAAAGUAAAACGAUCAAUCACUGGUGAAGAAAUUAUUCCUGAAGAAACUACAUACGAAUUUGAUGUAGAAAAGUAUCCUGCUAUUUGUCCAACUGUUCUGAAAACAUCAAAAACUUUAAACGAAACAAUCGCUCAGCAAGAAGCUGUAGAGUUGUCAACUGAUUAUAAUAAUGUACCGGAAAAAGCACAGAUUAGAAUAAUAACACGAAAUGUCGCGGAAAGCAUAAUAACAAAAGACGAAGAAAAGGAAGAAAACCGAAAAGAAACCUUAGAAACUAAAAAACAUAAAGCAAAUUCUGUUUUUGAAUUUAAUGAAAGUUUUUCAACAGAUAACCCUGAAACUCAAUCGCCUCUUGAAGACAUUUGUAAAACGUUUGAGUUUAUACCAUGUUUAGCGAUAAAAGAUAUUAUACCCAAAGAAAGUAUAAAUAUUAUUGAAAUUUAUCCUAAUCAAAGCUUAGGUAAAGGAACUGAGUACAAUACACAAAAUGAGAAAGCUAAGGUAACUGUAAUUUCACAUUCACAAAAAGUAGUCACAGAAUUGAUUGCCUCUACAAAAGAAGGUGAAAUUAUACAAAAAUGUAUGCCACAGAAAAAAAAAGCUACACAAGAUUAUGUUGAACACGAGAGUAUUAAUGUUGUGGAAGUGAAUGAAGCACACACUGAAAAUCAAUUACAAGACGUAUUUAAACCAACACCAGUGAAAUCUUCAGUUAAAUAUCCACUUAACGAACAAUUAGUUGUCAGUGAAUUACAUUCAGAAAUUCAACCAGAAAAUUACUAUCCAGAAAUAAUUGUGCCCACUGAAAUCGCCAAAGAAUUAAUAGUACCAUCAAACAAUGCUAUAACGACAUGCCAAGUAGAAUUUUCGGAAAAAGAAGAAAAGUAUAAUCGAUUAAAACCACCUAUUGAAUAUAAAGCAGAUAUUUCAAUUAUUCCUGAAAAAUAUAUCGAAGUCAGUGAGUCUAACAUACAAGAAAAAGAAACUAAAUUAGAAAAACAACAAAUACCAGAGAAGUCAUUCGCAAUUUCUGAUAUAAUUGUACAGUCAAGCAUAAUUGUAAAUUCAAUUAAUCAAGAAGAAAAUGAAGAAAAAUUCAAUACUCAUAUACCUCAAUCCCAUACUGCAAAACUGUCAAUAAACAACGCAAAUAAAGUUUGUAGUUCGUCAAUAAUAGAAACUAAUGAAGCAGAAUCUGAUUUAAAAAUUCUGAUCGUACCAGAAAUGAAACAAAUUGAAAGCUCCGUUUUUGGUUUAGAAGUGCUGGAUGUAACUGAGAUUAUACCUAACGAGACAGAAUCCAAUUUUACAUCAGAAUCAGUAUUAGAAUUAUUACCAGAUACUAGUUUUACCGAAAAUAAUUCAUGCAUUGUCACUGAAACUACAGCUGAUGAUUAUUCAACAGAUUUAUUAACAAAUUUGAAUUACAAAUCGUAUGAGGUCGAACCAACAUUUGAAGAAUUAGAAGCCAAACAAAUAUCUCAGAUUGAUGUACAAGAAAAUGACAUUCCAUUAGAUGAAACACCUCAACCAAUGUCAGUUAAACCAGAAACAAAGUUUUCCCCAAUUCAAAGUAUAACUGUAGAACAAACAAUUUUGGGAGAACAAGAGCAGUUAUUGUUAUUGAAAAUACAACCAGAGUUGCAUAAUACUGUAAGUGUGCCAUCUCAUUCUCUCCAAGCUGUAGUUAUUGAAGAAAUUACACCGGAAAAUUGUGUCACAAACCUAGAAAGCACGUAUAAAGACAAUAAUCGACACGCUUCUAAAAAAGCACACAUUAACUUUGUAGAUGACCAAUGUAUUAUUGUAAAGGAAAUUUCUGCUUAUGAGUCGGAAUCUAAUUUAUCACUGGAUAGUAAACCUGAAAAUGUACGGGCAGUACCAGUGUUUUCCGGUCACGAUGUGGCUGAAACAAUAGAAAUAAUUUCAAAUGAUGCAGUUGAAAAAUUAAAUAUAGAAAAAUGUAAAAACAAUAAGGCAAUACUAAAACACAUACCGUAUGAAGCAUUUAUGUCAGAAGUCACAUCUGUAAUUGAGUUAGAAGAUAUUUUACUAAAUAAAGAAAAGAAACAACCAAAAAUUGUAAACAUUACAAUUGACGAAGUAAUUGGGGUAAAUAUUACAGAACAGCCUGUUUACGAAAAAGAAAAAAUGUCGUCUGAACAAAAAGUUUUUAAAGCUAAAAAUGCUAUUACUGAAUAUGUUCCAAUUGAGACAUUUGAUCGCUCGGAAAUUGUUACUGGAGAUUAUACUUUAGAUUUGAUACAACCGGAAAUUUCUAAAUUACACGCAUAUCAUCAACCUAGUACAUUUGAAAGUGUAAUUUUGUACGAAACCAACAUAUCUGAAAAAGAAAAAGUGAUGAUAGACGACAAAAAACCAUUACCAUGUUCAGCAAAUACAUCGUUAAUAGUAGAUGAAGCAAUAGAGGUUACAGAAAUUAUUUCUGACAACAAACCAGAAGACAUUAUUAUUUCAAUAGUGCCUAAAGAAGAAACAGCUGAAACUAAUAUUAUACCAUUUAAACCUCUCGCAGGUCAAGACAUCACAACUUGUGAAAAUGUGGAGACAGUAACAGAUAAUAGUCCAAAAACAAGAGUUGCGCAUAUAUCCCAAAAAGCGUUUCAUGGUCUACAAACGACUUUAAUAAUAUCAACAGAUUCAGAAAAUAAGCUAUCGGAAUUUGUGAUGCCGAAUUCAAAAAAAGCAGAAACUAAUUAUACUGAAUUGGAUAUUCCAAUUAGUGUAGUUGAAAUUUUAACGCAAGAUAAAGAGUUAGAUUUUAAAGCUAACGAAAUACCAUCACAUACAUUGGACAGACAAGAAAUUAUCUUAGAAGAAUGUCGGGUAACGUCAGAAACAAUGGUAUGCAGUUCUACUAGUGAUUUUGAUGAAUUUAUACCACAAUCAGUUUAUGCUUUGUCUUCUAAAAGCACUCAAAUUGCAAUUGAAUCAAUAGAAACCGCUCCUCUUGAAAAAGAAGGUGAUUUAAUGGAUGAUAAUAUACUUUCAGAGAAGCGUGCUGAUUUAGCGUAUGAAGAAGUAAAGAGCAUUCAAAUCACUGAACAAGUUCAACUCGACACCAAGCAAAACUUAAUAAUUGAAAGUAUACCUAUGGAGAGAAAAAGUAAUAUUACAAUCACAGGACAAGAUGCUGCAGAAACAUUUCAAACAAAGGUAGAAAGUCCCGUUGAAGAAUUAAAAAUAGAAUUUCCAAAAGAAAAAUCUGCUAAAACUAUUCAAGCAAAAGAAGUUCAUGGCGUUGAAAUAUCUGAAAUAAUAACACAAGAGACAGAAUCUUCAUUAGAUGAUACUAAACCAUACAACAAAAAAACAGUGAAUAUUUUAGUUGAAGAUAAUUCAGCAAGUUAUAUGGUUACUGAAAUAUUUCCUAAUGAAAAAGAAAUUCAAUUGAUAGAACAAUCUCAGCCAAUUUAUCGCCAUGCUGAACAAGAUAUUUUAAGCCACGAAGGACUGCAAGUGAACGAAACAAAUAUUUCAAUUUGUGAAAAGGAGUUAAGUGAUUUUGAAUAUUCAAUAAAAUUAGGUAAUCAAGUAAUAGAACCCCUCAAAUGUAUUGAAAUAUCCGAAGUAAAUGUUCAAGAGCCAGAAUAUAAUUUAUUCAAAUCAGUUCAUCCAAAAAUUGAAAAUGCCAUUCAUAGUUUAGAAGAAAAUGUAGGACUUAUAAUAAAUUCUAUAGAACUUAUUGAUAAAGAAAAUGAGCUUAAAAUAGAUAAAUUGAAUACUAAGAAUGCAACUAAAGUUUCAAAUUUAAUUGACUAUAGAGUUCCUCAGAAAUCUGAAAAAACAACAUUGGAGUGCGUUAAACCUUUAAAAGAUAUAAAAGAAACAGUACAACAAGCAUCAUCUGAACACAUAUUAUUAGAAGGUAUAAGUACAACUGUAGUCAAUUUACAAGAUAAUGAAAUGCCAUUUGAGCAAUCAACUAAAUUAAAUGAAAAAUCUGCCUCUCUAGAAUAUGAAAUGGAACAAACCUUAAAUGUAACAGAUGUAUGUAUAGGGGAAUCAGAGUCAGAUUUAAUCCCUACGUCUUUACCAAGAAGCCACAUUGCAGUAAGUGAUAUGUCAGAAACCCAACAAGUUGCAUCCAGUUUUGAAAUUCUCUCUCAGAAUUCCACACAUAAUUUAAGUGUUCAAACAUUGCCAUCUAUAAUUUCUAUAAUUCCAAAAUCUACAGAGAAUCAUAGCUUUGAAGUUACCGAAACAUUGUAUCAUGAAACUGAAAUACCAUUCAAAUCUACCGAAAAUGCAUUAAAGACAUGCUGUCUUACAAUUCAAGUGGAUAAAAAUAUUGUGGUAACAGAAAUUGUAACGAACGAAUCAGAGAAAACUUUAGAUUUAGUUGAACUUAAUAAAGGCUCAGAAGCAAAUAUAGUAUUUGAUGAAAACCAGACUGUUACAAUCGAAGAAAUAGAAACGUCUGACGAUGUUGCUCCGUUAACUGAAAGUUUGAGUAAACCAUUGAGUGCAACGAAACAAUUAGAACCACUAUUAGGAAUUUUGGUUACCGAAGUUAGGUCCGAAGAAUCUGAAAUUGCGAAUGAAAAACAAAUCCAACCACUAUUAAAACAUGUAACGCAAAUAUUGCCAGAAAAUCAAAGUUUGAAUGUUACAUCCACAAAUUUAGUUGAAAAAGAAAGUAUACUAAAUAAACCUAAGCAAGAAAUUCAACAAAAUGCACAAACUUCUUUGGUAUUCAGUCCAAUGAAAGCCGUUCAAUUAAAAGAAAAUAUUAUACAAAUGAGUUUGAACAAUCUAAAAACUACAACGCCCAGUGAAAUAUUUAUAGAAUCAACUCAAAUUCCUUAUGAUUCAAUUAAUCAAUUAGAAAUUAGACCAUUCGAAAAAGAAUGUGAAUUCAAAGUGACAAUAAAUCAGAAAAAAGAAGUAGCAAACAUUAAUGUGGAUACCAUAAAUAUACUCGACACAACAGAAAUUAUAACAGGUGAAAAAGAAACUGUUUAUACUCCUUUAACAAAACCAAUAACAAGACAAGCUUUUAUCGAUAUAACUGACACUCAACCAGUCAGUAAGGUUUUUGAAGUAAAACCAGAAGAUAGUACAAGUGAAUUAAUAACUCCAAACGUUACCACAUGUACAGUGAAACCAGCUCAGGAAAUUGUCCAUGGUGUUGUGAUUUUCGACAAUAUAGGUCAUGAUAAAGAGGAGAUAUUUGAAGGGGAAUUUAGACCACCCCUUACAACUGCUAAAAUAGUUGUAGAAAAUGAAAAAGAGACGAAAACUGUAACUGAAGUUAUAACUCAAGAAAUGGAAGGACAAGUAAAAAAUGUAGAAUUGCCAUCUACUAAACAUGCCCAAAUAGAAAUAACCUCAGGGAAAGACAUAGCAGAGAAAACAGAAAUUUUAUCAAAUACUGCUUUAGGAUCAUUAAAAGAUUUUGUUACCAAAUCAUCAACUGCUGUUCCAGUACAAGAUACAUUUGAAAGUAUUCAAUCUACUAUAACUGAAACAGAGGACAAAGAAAAUCCAUUCUAUUCUAAUUUAAACUACCAAAAAUCUAAAGUGGAUAUAAAUAUUGAACAAUCAAAAAGCGUAAAUAUAACUGAAGUGAUUGUGGAAGAUAAAGAAGGAAAAUAUAUUUCUCCAGAAAUACCAACAGCGAAAACUGCUGGGAAAUCAAUUUUACCAAAUGAAGCUGCGAAAGCAUCUAUUGUAUUAGCUAAUGAACAUUUAAGAACAUUAGAUAAGUUUAAAAUAAAAGAAGAAUUGGCUAAUAUUGUACUCGAUACAUUUAAAAAUAUAUCUCAAACUGAAACAACUGUACAGGAAAGUGAAAAAUAUCUUGAACCUAUUGAACUACUUUCAAAUAAAGCUGAACUUACAAUGAUACCUAACAAUAGCUUAAUUAUAACUGAAGUAGUAACAGAUGAUAAAGAUGACAAUUUACAUAUCAAAAAUGAACAGAUACCACAACAAGUUAUUACAUCUUUAUCAAAAUUACACGAAGUACCACAAGUAUCAGAAAUCAUUUCAUCAAAUACAACUAGUGAUGUAUUUGUUCCUGUAAUUAAAAAUGAUCACGCAUUUAUUUCACAUUCAGAGCUAUACAACAUGGCGAUAUCAACUGAGAUAAAAACGUUAGAAAAAGAAAAAUUGUUUGCACAAAAGCCCAAAUUGGACAUUUUUAAAGCAGAAAUUAAAUUAAAUGAAGAUAAAUCACUAAACGUCUUUGAAACUGUCUUAAAUGAUAAAGAACUGCCAUUAACAAUAAAAAAACCUUUUGAAAAACAGGCAUCAUUAACUCAGUCAUUAUUUGACGUCGUAACAAUAUCAGAACAUAUUGUGAAUGAAUCUGAAAUGAAUCUCGAAUCAAUGAUAGUACCAGAAGUACAAAAGGUCGAUAUAUCAUUUGAAGAUAAUAUUAAUGUUCAGGUAACUGAAGCAAAUAUUGUCGACACAGAAAUUGAUUUGUUAACACCUAUUCAAAAUACUGAAAUUGCUACGGUUCCUAAAUUAAUAACACAACCAGUUGCAAAUGUUACGGAAAUUAUAACAAGCAUGAAUGUUCAAGAACUAACUCAAUUGAGUCAACCUGAAUAUAGCAUAGCAAGUGCAAACCAUUCAACAUUUAAAAGCAUUUUACAAACAGAGAUUGAUAUAGCAGAAUCAGAAGGUAUCUUAGAAAAACCAAGAUGUAUCAAAGAAAAAGCAUCAGUGAAAACCGAAACAUUAGAAAACAUAAUAAUAACAGAACCAGAAGUAUCUGAAAAAGAGGAACCACUUGAAGAAUCAAGGAAAAUAGAUUUGAGACAUGCAGAACUUGUAUUAGAAGAAAUUAAGUCUAGUAUCAUUAUUUCAAAUGUAGCCAGUGAAGAUAAAGAAACUGCAUUUGCCGAAGGACCGAAACGCAAACAUUCGGUAGCAAAAGUUGUUUCGGAAAACUUACAAGUAAUCACGAAUAGUGAACAAAAUGUUUCUGAAAAGGAGGGUACUUUAAUUAUAGAACUUCCAAAAGAUGAAACUGCAAAUAUAUCAUUUGAAAAUUCUCAGUCCGGAAUUAUAGUUUCAGAUAUAAUCCCCGAAAUUAAAGAAGAAAAUUUAAAAAUAAAAAACACAUCAUAUUCAACCGCGAAGUUUGUGACGGAAAAUUAUGAAAGCCUAAUACAAAAUGAACAAACAGUGAAUGAAAAAGAACAAUUAAGAAGAUCUGAACAAAAACCAGAAAUAACUAAUGCAUCAAUCUCCAUUGAAAAACCAAAUAUAGGAGCGGUAGUUUCCGAAGUGAUAAGUCAUGAUAAAGAAAUUGAUUUUCAUAAACCACAAGUAAGAAAAAUGUCAAAAGCUUCAAUAUCAACAGAAGAAUUAAAACCUCUAGUAACUACGGAGACACAACUUUUAUCGAACAUUGAAGAACUAAAAGUACAAAAAAUACUUCCCGAUAAUACAGCUAACGUAAAAUUAGAAGAAUUUAGACACCUAACCGUACAUGAACUAGUCACUAAUGAAACGGAAUCAAAAAUAAAAGAAAUAAAUCAAAUCCAAUGCAAUAUAAUGCCAACAGUCAACGAGAAAAUGAUCUUAGAAUCUACUGUAAAUCUAAAACAAGAAGCAAUAGACCAUCACAGAGCAUCAAUCACUGAAAUACCAAUGAGCACAGGUGAAUUUGUUAACAACAUUUUAAAAGAAGAAUUGUCUGAUGAAUUGAUUGAGUCUCCGUUAGAUUCUCAUACAUCAAAACCAAUGGGCGAGCCUACAAUUAUUGAUAAAAUUGAUACUACUCCUUUUAAAGAAGUUGAUAUUAAAGAAGCUUUUUCGACCUUAAAACCAAGAAAGAAAAAGUCAAUUUCUGAUGAAGAUGAAAUAGUUAGUGUCACGUUUAUUCCAAAACAAACGAAACCCAAUGAGAUAAUUGAACAAGAAUUUAGUAUCAAAGCUCAAACAUAUGAAGAAGAAGAAAUUUCCAUGACCGGCAAUGUAAAACUGCAUCGAAAGUCAGUUUUAGACGAACCUAUAAAAUCAUUAACUAUAAAUGAAAUCAAUGAAAUCGAAUUUCAACCAGACGAUCUUAUUAAGAAACUAAAUGAACAAAGUUCACAUGAUGAAGAUGUUCAGCCUUAUAGUCCUAUUGAAAAUAUUAUAAAACCCGUAGAACAGACUUUUGAUAAAGUCAUAACUGAUCAGGCUGCCACUGAAACACCAAAAAGAAUUUCAAAUCAGCUUGAAACUGAUAAUGUCGAGCAUGAACCAAGUAGUAAACCUUCAAUAAUGAAAGAUGAAGCAGUAGAUGGUAUAACUAUUGAACAAAUUGAAACUAUUGUAAAAGAAGAAGACCAGCCCACAGAAGACGUUGAAGUCGAGUUAAAACCAAAAAGAAAGACUUCUCUUAAAAAGGAAACAAAAGAAAAAUCUCUGGAACAAUCUUCUGUCCUUCUAAAACGACCAAAGAAGAAAGAGGAAAUACCACGGACUCUAGAAGAACAAGAAGAAGUGUUCACGUUUAAGAAAACAAUUGAAAAGCCAGAAGAUGUUCAACCAAUAUCUGAAACAGUUGAUGUAGAAAUUGAACCGAAAAGAAAACCAUCAGUAAAGAAUGAAGAAGCAGCAGACGAGAUAACUAUUGAACAAAUUGAAACUAUUGUAAAAGAAAAAGACCGGCCCACAGAAGACGUUGAAGUCGAGUUAAAACCAAAACGAAAGACUUCUCUGAAAAAGGAAACAAAAGAAAAAUCUCCGGAACAAUCUUCUGUACUUCUAAAACGACCAAAGAAGAAAGAGGAAAUACCACAGCCUCUAGAAGAACAAGAAGAAGUGUUCAUGUUUAAGAAAACAAUUGAAAAGCCAGAAGAUGUUCAACCGAUAUCUGAAACGGUUGAUGUAAAAAUUAAACCGAAAAGAAAACCAUCAGUAAAGAAAGAAGAAGCAGCAGACGAGAUAACUAUUGAACAAAUUGAAACUAUUGUAAAAGAAGAAGAACAACCCACAGAAGACGUUGAAGUCGAGUUAAAACCAAAACGAAAGACUUCUCUUAAAAAGGAAACAAAAGAAAAAUCUCCGGAACAAUCUUCCGUACUUCUAAAACGACCAAAGAAGAAAGAGGAAAUACCACAGCCUCUAGAAGAACAAGAAGAAGUGUUCACGUUUAAGAAAACAAUUGAAAAGCCAGAAGAUGUUCAACCGAUAUCUGAAACGAUUGAUGUAAAAAUUAAACCUAAAAGAAAACCAUCAGUAAAGAAAGAAGAAGCAGCUGACGAGAUAACUAUUGAACAAAUUGAAACUAUUGUAAAAGAAAAAGACCAGCCCACAGAAGACGUUGAAGUCGAGUUAAAACCAAAACGAAAGACUUCUCUCAAAAAGGAAACAAAAGAAAAAUCUCCGGAACAAUCUUCUGUACUUCUAAAACGACCAAAGAAGAAAGACGAAAUACCACAGCCUCUAGAAGUACAAGAAGAAGUGUUCACGUUUAAGAAAACAAUCGAAAAGCCAGAAGAUGUUCAACCGAUAUCUGAAACUGUUGAUGUAAAAAUUGAACCGAAAAGAAAACCAUCAAUAAAGAAUGAAGAAGCAGCAGACGAGAUAACUAUUGAACAAAUUGAAACUAUUGUAAAAGAAAAAGACCAGCCCACAGAAGACGUUGAAGUCGAGUUAAAACCGAAACGAAAGACUUCUCUUAAAAAGGAAACAAAAGAAAAAUCUCCGGAACAAUCUUCCGUACUUCUAAAACGACCAAAGAAGAAAGAGGAAAUACCACAGACUCUAGAAGAACAAGAAGAAGUGUUCACGUUUAAGAAAACAAUUGAAAAGCCAGAAGAUGUUCAACCGAUAUCUGAAACGGUUGAUGUAAAAAUUAAACCGAAAAGAAAACCAUCAGUAAAGAAAGAAGAAGCAGCAGACGAGAUAACUAUUGAACAAAUUGAAACUAUUGUAAAAGAAGAAGAACAACCCACAGAAGACGUUGAAGUCGAGUUAAAACCAAAACGAAAGACUUCUCUCAAAAAGGAAACAAAAGAAAAAUCUCCGGAACAAUCUUCUGUCCUUUUAAAACGACCAAAUAAGAAAGAGGAAAUACCACAGACUCUAGAAGAACAAGAAGAAGUGUUCACGUUUAAGAAAACAAUCGAAAAGCCAGAAGAUGUUCAACCGAUAUCUGAAACGGUUGAUGUAAAAAUUAAACCGAAAAGAAAACCAUCAGUAAAGAAAGAAGAAGCAGCAGACGAGAUAACUAUUGAACAAAUUGAAACUAUUGUAAAAGAAAAAGACCAGCCCACAGAAGACGAUGAAGUCGAGUUAAAACCAAAACGAAAGACUUCUCUUAAAAAGGAAACAAAAGAAAAAUCUCCGGAACAAUCUUCUGUACUUCUAAAACGACCAAAGAAGAAAGAGAAAAUACCACAGCCUCUAGAAGAACAAGAAGAAGUGUUCACGUUUAAGAAAACAAUCGAAAAGCCAGAAGAUGUUCAACCGAUAUCUGAAACAGUUGAUGUAAAAAUUAAACCGAAAAGAAAACCUUCAGUAAAGAAAGAAGAAGCAGCUGACGAGAUAACUAUUGAACAAAUUGAAACUAUUGUAAAAGAAGAAGAACAACCCACAGAAGACGUUGAAGUCGAGUUAAAACCAAAACGAAAGACUUCUCUCAAAAAGGAAACAAAAGAAAAAUCUCCGGAACAAUCUUCUGUCCUUCUAAAACGACCAAAGAAGAAAGAGAAAAUACCACAGCCUCUAGAAGAACAAGAAGAAGUGUUCACGUUUAAGAAAACAAUCGAAAAGCCAGAAGAUGUUCAACCGAUAUCUGAAACAGUUGAUGUAAAAAUUAAACCGAAAAGAAAACCUUCAGUAAAGAAAGAAGAAGCAGCUGACGAGAUAACUAUUGAACAAAUUGAAACUAUUGUAAAAGAAGAAGAACAACCCACAGAAGACGUUGAAGUCGAGUUAAAACCAAAACGAAAGACUUCUCUCAAAAAGGAAACAAAAGAAAAAUCUCCGGAGCAAUCUUCUGUACUUCUUAAACGUCCAGUCAAAAAAGUAGAUAAAUCAAAUGAAAUAGAUCAACACGAAGAAGUUUUCACAAUUAAAAAAACACCUGAGCAAUCAAUGUUAUUGAACGAAGAAUUCUCUGAAACUGUAGAGUUUAAAAUGAAACCAAAACGUAAUUCAUCAGUUUAUAAUAUAGAUGAAGGAACUGAGGAAUUAUUUCAAAUAGAAUUAAAACCCAAAAAGGAAUUGCAGGAUAUAAAAAUUUACGAAGAAGAGUCGUUAGAUUUUAAGGUUAAACGAAAGCCUUCAUUACAUUCUUUUAGUCAAGAUGGAGCUGAGUUGAAAAUAAUUCAAGAAAAAGAAAUUUUUGUGAAGGAUAACUCCACUUUACAAGAAGAUAGUCAUGAUGGUGAGAUAAUGUUUGCAAUUCGGUCAUACAUUGCUGAAAAUGAAGAUGCUUUAGACCUAGUUGAAGGUGAAAAAGUUUACGUUAUAGAAAGCAAUAACCAAGAUUGGUGGUUUGUUAAAAAACAUUUAACGGAAGAAAAAGGAUGGGUUCCUUCUAUUUAUUUGAGAGAUGAAACCAGCUAUAUGCGGUACGUACAAAAGAAAUUACAUGAAAAGAUUGAUAAACUGCCAAUUUUCCAAAGACAUGCUUCAACAGAAAAACCUUCAGCUCCACGUUUUGUCGAAAAACUCCAACCUAAACAUGUGCAAGAUGGUGGCACUGUUCAGUUUGAAUGUCAUGUGGAAGGAAAUCCUAAGCCUCAAAUCACAUGGUUUAGGCAAACAGCAAUAAUUAAACCCUCUCAAGAUUUCCAAAUAUUCUAUGAUGAAGACAAUGUAGCAACGUUAAUUAUCAGAGAAGUUUUUCCUGAAGAUGCUGGCACAUUUACGUGUGUUGCAAAAAACGUAGCUGGGUUUGCAUCUAGUACUACGGAGUUAACCGUUGAAGCUCCAUUAUCAGACCAUGGUUCUGAUGUAACAGGUCUCUCCAGAAAGAGCAUGUCUAGAGAAUCGUCAUUAGCUGAUAUACUAGAAGGUAUACCACCAACGUUUUCACGUAAACCCAAAGCUACGUGUGCAUCAGAACACUCAGAUGUUACAAUUGAAUGUCGUCUUGUAGCCGUACCAGAACCAGAUAUAUUCUGGCAUUACAAUGGUAAAGAAAUUUCGAUCACAGAUUCCAUAAAAGUGAAUACAUACUCAGACAUGCACUUCUAUGUGAGCUGCAUUAAAAUUAAUGACGUCCUAAAGACUCAAGAAGGCGUAUACUCUGUAAUAGCAAGAAAUAGAGAGGGUGAGGCUAAAAUGGAUUUGGUUCUCAAAGUUAAAACGGGAUUACCAGAGAAACCACAAAUACUUGAACCUUUAUACGACAUAACUAUAAACGAGGGAGAGACUGCCGUUUUGAGUACUCAAAUUAGUGGAGAGCCCCAGCCUAUGGUCGAAUGGCUAAAAAACAGUAAGAAAAUAACUGAUAUUAAAACUGUCGUGACCAAAGAUGGUGUCCAUUCAUUAACCAUCGAUAACCCAACUCCACGUGAUUCCGCAAAAUACACUGUAAUUGCUUCAAACAAGCUUGGUAAUGCACAAACCAUGUGUUUUCUGGCAGUUGAAGAACUCCCUGGUCCACAAGCGCCGCUGUUUAUUGAACGUUUCCAAGAACAAACCGUCAAAGAAAAGGGAACUAUUACAUUAAUUGCUAAGGUAACCGGAAAUCCAGUUCCAAUAGUUUCUUGGUUCAGAAAUAAUAAACCAUUACUUGCUUCGUCAAAGAAAAAAGAAGUAUUUGAUGGUGAAAAUAUAGUUUUGGAAAUCGUAAAUGCUGACAGUGAAGAAGACGCUGGUGAUUACAAAUGUGUAGCAUCAAACACAUUUGGUACUGCCACACAUGGUGCUAGGGUGUCGGUUGAUGUACCACUAGUGAAAUUCACCCGACCAUUGACAGACGUGGAAGUCGAUGAAAAACAAUCAAUUUAUUUAGAAUGUGAAACAUCACACACAGUUUCCACAAAAUGGCAAUUGAAUGGCAAAGACCUCACUGGUAUGGACCACAGAGAAUUGCACCAAGAAGGACGAUUCCAUCGUUUAAUUAUCAAAAAAUCAAGCAUUCUCGAUUCUGGAAAAUACACUUGUCUAGUUAAAGACCAGAUUACUUCCAGCACAGUAGUAGUUCACGAUGUAAAAGCAGAGUUUGUUAAGAAACUUGAAGAUGUUGAAGUAAAAGAGAACGAUUGUGCUAUUAUGGAGGUUGAAGUUUCUUCAGAAACAGUAAAUGUUACUUGGCACAAGAACGGUGAAAUGCUUACGGACGGUAUGAACAAUAAAGUAUUCUUCGAAAAGGAAGGUCAAAUACGUAAGCUAAUUAUUCGAAGCAUAUCUGUUCAUGAUGACGGUGAAUAUACGUGUUCAUUGGGUGAACAAGAAUGUACAGCAGAAAUAAAUGUUAUAGAACUUGCACCACAAAUAAUAAAGAAACUAAAAGAUCAAAAAGUUGCUACCGGUGAACAAGUGUUAUUUGAAAUAGAAUUAACUAAAGGUGAUGCAUUAGUUAAAUGGACCAAAGAUGGCAAAGAAUUACAGUUAAAUAACAAUGUGAGAUUAACUAUCGAUGGCAAACGACAAAAAUUAGAGAUAGUCAAAGCUACAAAAACUGACACUGGAGUUUAUGGAUGUCAAGUUCAUGAGCAGACUUGUACAGCAAAAUUAACGGUUGAAGAACCAAGAGCCAGUUUUGUGAAAAAAUUACCUGAUAUCACACUCGCCGUUCAAGGUAGUGAUAUUAAACUUACGGUUGAGCUUUCCAAGCCGGAUGUACCAGUAAAAUGGCUAAGAUCAGGUAAAGUAAUAAAAGAAUCUGAUAAAUACGAAAUAAUUUCUGAAGGAGCCGUCCAUACCUUAAUUAUUAAAAAACCUACUACCGAUGACGAAGCAGAAUAUAUAUGUACUGCUGUUAACGUAAAAACAUCAACGAAAUUAAAAGUUGAAGUUAAAGAAGAGGCACCCAAGAUAAAUAAUCUUCCAAAAGAAUAUCGUUUGAAAAAUGGGGAAGAUCUAAACGUGGAUGUAACAUUUACAUCAACACCGUUGCCGACAGUUGAAUGGUUUAUUAACGGAAGUGUACUAAUAAAAACAAAUAGAGUUUCCUAUUCUAUUAGUGAAUCAUCGGCGAGUUUGACCAUCUCGAAGAUAGAAGAAGUAGACACGGGUGUCCUAACAUUAAAAUUAAAAAAUACUUUUGGUGAAACUACUGCGGAUAUGAACAUUAUUGUUAUUAAGGUACCUGGAGAACCAGGUGUUCCAGAUGUUAUUGAAGUCACAGACACUUCAGUCACACUUCACUGGAAACCUCCACAAUUUGAUGGGAAUUCACCUAUUGAAGGUUACGUUGUUGAAUACCACGACAAAGAUGAAUUUAUGGUGUGGCAUAAAGUACAAGUGACAGAUACCACACACGAAGUCACAAGUUUAGUAACUGGACAUGAAAUAAUGUUCAAAGUGGCGGCGAUAAAUUGUGCUGGAAUAGGUCCUUCAUCACACAAUACAAAAUAUAUCAAGAUGGCAAGUCCAGGAUCAUUUACUCCACCCGUUAUUCAGGAACCUUUAUCUGAUUUAUCAAUUGGAAUGGGUAAAUCGGCAGUGCUCCAAUGUGUAAUUACUGGGAAACCCACGCCGGAUAUAAAAUGGCUUAAGAACAAAACAUUAUAUAAAACAAAGUCAGCGUCCUUUGAAAACCAUGUGGCUAAGUUGACGUUCGCCGAGUGCAACGAAUCUACAACAGGCACUUACACCUGCCAAGCAACUAAUGGAGCCGGUACUGCGCAAACAUCGUGCAAACUCAGCGUACAAGACGUACCUAAAAUUGAAGUCCAUGAAUCGGAGACUUCGCAAAUGAUUAGAGUGCGUAAUCAGUGGAAGGUCAAAGCUACAUACAAGGGUUAUCCAAAACCAACCAUUUCUUGGCAGAAGAACAGCCAACCGUUACCGGUGGCUGAUAAACACAUAAGCGUAUAUGACGACAACGACGAAUGGUCAUCAACAAUAGCUAUUUACUCGGCGGAAAGACCUGACACCGGCGUCUACACAAUAACCGCAUCAAACUCAGCCGGCACGGCCACGUGCAAUUUGAACCUCAAAGUUAUUGAUAAACCAAGCGCGCCGCAAGGCCCGAUGCGCAUCAAAGAAAUCAACUCAGACUCUGUGACGAUCGAGUGGAACAAGCCAUCCGAUGACGGUGGGUUGGACAUAUCAGCAUAUCAGGUUGAAAGAUGCAACGUGGGCAAGAUGAUCUGGUCCAAGGUGGCUGACGUAGACCACGACGUGUCAGCUUACAGUGUGCAAAAGUUACACGAAGACGCCGAGUAUAUGUUUAGGGUUUGCGCUCAAAACGCUGUUGGCGCAUCAGACUUUUUGGACAGCGAACCUGUCACCGUCAAAUGUCGAUACCAUAAACCGUCAGCACCACAAGGUCCUUUGCAGAUCACGGGUGUGACGGAUACGUCAUCAACAAUCGCUUGGUUACCACCUUUGGAUAAUGGUGGAAUAGCGAUCGAAGACUAUUGCGUAGAAAUCAAGGAGGUAGACAAAAAAGCUUGGAGAAAGAUUGGUUCCACGAAAGACUUACACAUAAAGCUAUUAGACUUGAAAAAGGGGUCGUCCUACGACAUCAGGAUUACGGCUAGGAAUCAUGUGGGCUACGGAAAACCAUAUCAACCAGACGAACCGAUUGUGGCGGGCAAACGCAUAAACUUUAGAAAUGGAAUAUCCGAUGAAACACUAUACGUACUUAUGGGAAUAUUCCCGACCAGACCAAAAGUUUCCGCUUCACCGUCGCCGCCCACCGAAUUCACUGUUAGUGACAUUACCAGCAAAAGCGUUACCUUGCAUUGGGGCCCACCAGAAAGUAAUGGUGGAUCUGAUAUCACAGGUUAUGUGAUUGAAAAGCAGCUGAACACGACAAACAAGUGGUUCAAAGUAGCCACGCUAGAACCGACCGUAAUGAAAUAUUGCGUAGAAAACUUGAAAGAAAAAUCAGAAUAUUUCUUCAAGAUCUAUGCGGAAAAUUGUAUCGGCCUUAGUCAACCGGUCGAAACUAAAUUAGUCAGUCUGUUAACCCAUGCCACCGUACCCUCGCCGCCAACCGCUCCGCUGGAAGUUCGGAACCUGAGUACCAACGCAGUGAUCGUGGAAUGGGGCGUACCUGAAACGGACGGCGGUGCUCCGCUAUUGGGUUACAACAUAGCAAUUCGGGAUGAGAAGAAAACUAUGUGGAUGGAAGUCGGCCGGGUAGAAGCAGACGUGCAAAAGUUCAACAUCAAAGACUUGCAGGAGAACCAUAGGUACCAAAUUAGGAUACUGGCCAAAAACGAAGUGGGUGUCAGCGAACCACUGGAAACUGAAGAACCGUACACCGUACAAAAACCGACAGAGUAUUACGAGUCGGACGUUGAAGAAUCGGUAAUGGAGUCCAAACCGUCUCUGACGCAAACAUCAGAAACCACUACGUCAUGGCUCAGAGACAACAACAUGGACGCAGACAUAUCAUCUUAUUCGAACGCUGCGUUAUUGAAGAGGAGCGAAUACUUUUUCCGCAUUUGGUAUUACGCGAGAACGUUAUUCAAAUAAUGGGCACGCUUCAUUAUUAUUUGUAUUAUUAUUAUUAUUAUUAUUAUUAUUAUUAUUAUUAUUAUUAUUAUUAUUGAUAUUGUUAUUACCUAUUUUUAUUAUUACCUAUUACCCUUUAUUAUUACCUAUUUUUAUUGUCAAACUAACGUCAACAUAAGAAAGAGGUGGAAAUGUUUUGUAUUGGCGUUCCCUGAGUCAAAACGAAACAUUUUCAUUAAUUUCUAUAUGUUAUUGUUUUGUUUUGUUUUUUUUUUUAAAAUGAUU